CAUUUGCAAGUACAACAGUUCCCUGGGUUGCCCCCCAUUCAUUUCCUGAGAACUGCAGAGAGCAGCUGAGAGGCUCUGCUUGUGCGUGUGCGUGUGAGUGUGCGCGGGUGACGCCGUGUGAGUGUGUGUGUGAGUGUGUGUGUGUGCGUGUGUGUGUGCGCGCGAGUGUGUGCGAGUGUGUGCGCGCGCGCGUGUGAGGGAGAGAAAGGGCGAGAGAGAGGGGGACUCUGUGUGAGGGAAAGAAAACAAUUUCUCCUGCUCUGCAGCUUCUGUUCAGGCCUUCAAGAAACCCCCAGAGCAUCUUAUCCCCGCUCCUUGUAAAUGCUGUGAGAAUCCCAGUUUUGUAUGUCAAAAGAGGUCAUCAAGGGCUCGUGGAUUGUCAGCUCUGGUGUAGGUGGAAAAAUAUCCUUCAGGUAACACUCUAGCUGGAAUCCCAAAUCGUGUUGCUCAUUCACACACUGCACCAUAUACGCUCAGAAACUGGAAAUUAUCUUAGGAUGCAGACCUGGAAUCGAAGCAUAGUUUCUGUUUUUGUCCAUUACCUGCCCCACAGUGUGAAAAUGGUACAAUAGAAGCACCAGUGUCCUCCUCGGCAUGAACUAGAAACCAGAAGUUGUUGCCCUUGGAUACGCGUGUUCUCUUCUCAUCUUACAUUCCUCAUUGGUUUUACACGCCGGUCUCUGGGAGGCCAUGAAUGUAAAUAAGUCCAGGUGAAUUACCUGGCUUUAAUUCUUAUAUAGUUCUCUGGGUUAUUUGCUUGCAUUUGCAUUUCUAACUUUACAAACAGAUACAAAGCUUCUUUAUGUGUGUCCAUGUCAACAGAAGUGUGCAUACAAAUGAGGAACACUUUAAAAAUUUUUUUAGGGGCUGGAGAGAUGGCUCAGUGGUUAAGAGCACCAACUGCUCUUCCAGAGGUCCUGAGUUCAAAUCCCAGCAACCACAUGGUGGCUCACAACCAUCUGUAAUAAGAUCUGAUGCCCUCUUCCGGUAUGUCUGAAGACAACUACAGUGUACUCAUAUAUAAUAAAUAAAUCUUUAAAAAAACAUUUUUUUUAAAAUGGAUUAAAAAAAACAAUUUAUAUGUCAAAUAAUAUUCCCUUUCCCAGUUUCCCGUCCAUAAGCCCCUUAUCCCAUCACCAUCCCCCUUCUUCUCUGAGGGUGUUCUACUUCCUAACAAUCCCCCUUCCUGCCUCCCCGCCCUGACAUUCUCCUACACUGGGGGCCCAGCCUUGGCAUGACCAAGGACAUCUCCUCUCGCUGGUGUCCAACAAGGCCUUCCUCUGCUAUAUAUGCAGCUGGAGCCAUGGGUCUGUCCAUGUGUAGUCUUUGAGUAGCGGUUUAGUUCCUGGGAGCUCUGUUUGGUUGGUAUUGUUGUUCUUAUGGGGUUGCAAGCCCCUUCAGCUACUUCAGUCCUUUCUAUAACUCUUCCAAUGGGGACCUGUUCUCAGUUCAGUGAUUUGUUGCUAGCAUGUGCCUCUGUAUUUGUCAUGCUCUGGCUGAGCCUCUCAGGAGACAGCUGUAUCAGGCUCCUGUCAGCAUGCACCUCUUGGCUUCAUUAAUAUUGACUGAGUUUGGUGGCUGUAUAUAUAUGGACUGGAUCCCCAGGUGGCAUAGGCUCUGAAUGGCCACGAGGAACACUUAUACCUGGAGAAAUCAGAUACAGGAUAAUAUGGAACAUGUAUGUGAGUAGUGAUUGUGUCCAGCAGUUGGAUGUGCAUACUGGUAUAUGCAUAUGAUUCCACCACUAAUGCAAUAUUAGGUGUGCAUAAUAUGUGGGCUUAGGAUGGUAAAUUACACAUAUAUGUAACAGAUACUAAUGUAGGAGUGGAUGUAUAUAAUAUGUUGUGGUAGGAUGAUGAAUUGCACAUAUAUAAAAUAGACAUUAAUGUAAUAUUUGCUGUGUCUGUGUUAUGCAGACAAGUAUCAUAUGUAUGCCCGUAUAAGUGUGUUAGAAUAUAAGUCAGAUGCAGACUAGCAUACUUAUAUGUGUGUGUGCAUCCAACUUAGGGUAUAAUUGUGGGGAAAAGGCAGGAUAAAUAAUGCUUAGUGUUGGAUCUAAGAUGGUAACUUAAUAUCUAUGUGACUUUGUCACUGGGCAACAGCCACUCAACUGUUCUAGGUUUUAUUAGUAAAAGGUGAGAGUUUUAAGUUCACAGAGGACCUUUUAUGGCUCUAAAAUUUGAUGUUGAUUGAAGAUACCAUCACUGAUCAUUCAGUUUGUUUAGUCACUGUGUGAAUGUCUUUAUUUAUAAUAAUAUUUUAUUAUUGGCUUUUAGAGCUCACAUUUACCAUGUCCCUUUGUCAGCUUCUGGAGCUGACAACUUAUCUUCAAGGAUGACUCUAAAUCUCAUGAGCUUUCCCUCCAAACUAUAGCAACGUCUUCCAGAUUAUUUUCAUCAGUGUACUGGUUUACUUUUCUCUUUGCUUUGACCAAAUUUCUUACAAGAAGCAACUUGUGCAAAGAAGGAUAUUCAGUUUAUAUUUGAAAAAAGGAUUCAGCCCAGCAGAGCAGGCAAGACAUGGAGAUAGGAAUGGAUGUUGAUUGGUCAGAGUGGCUCCAAAGUCAGGAAGCAGUGGGAAAUGACUGCUGGGUGCUCAGCUUGCUUUCUCUUCCUUCUGAAAGUGGAAUGGCGACACCCACUCUCAGGGUGGGUCUUCCUUGCUCAGUCUGGAAAUUCUCAUAGACACACCCAGAAACCCGUUUCCAGGGUGAUUCUAAAUCUAGAAUAAAGGAUCAUGAAAGCCAAGCAUCACAAUAGAUUAAUAUAAAAAGAUUUCAAGGGCUGGGAACCACGCAUUCAAUAGAAUGACUGCCAAGCAAGCAUGUUCCCUGUAGCUGUGCUCUCCAGCACCAGCAGAAAGAGAUGGGUGUGGUGGAUGCUUUUGUAAGCCUAAGAUAGCAAGGAGCAGGGCAGCAGACAGAGACAGAUCUCCAGAGCUUGACGGACAGCAGUGUAGCCAAUUGGCUAGCUCUAGACUCAGAGAGAAAACCUUUGCAAAUAAGAUGUAGAGGGAUCGAGGAAAUGACCCAGCAUUGACCUUUGGCUCACACAUAUACUGUGAUGGUAGCUGUCCUGGUGUUAAAGCCAUGUAGUUGUACAGUACUUACCUAAAGAAAGGACUGAGUGAAUUUCUUUGUGUCUGGGUAUACUUGUAUGUGCAAGUGUGCGAAGGCCAAAGGUGAACCUCUGUUGUAAGAGGAGCCAUCCUUCCUGUUUCUUGAGCCAGGGUCUCUUACUGGCCUUCCAGCAUUAGUAUUAGGGAUCCAUGCUUGGGAUUUUUAUGUGAGUUCUGACCAUUGAGCUCAGAUCUCCAUGCUUGGGCAAACUGCAUCUUACUGGCUCGGCCUUUUCUUUUCAGCUCCUGGGUGAAGUUCUUAAAGACUACAUUGGUAUCUAUUUUGUCCUUGUAGACAGCACAUCAUCAUUUUCGCGGCACAUGAGAUAGUCAGCAGAUGCUUGUGCAAUGAGCACACCAUUGGAGGACAUCUUAAAACUCCCUGUCCUGUAGGUACUUUCCUGUUCACUGGGGUGUUCUCUGUGAUGUAUAGGCUGAAGGAGUGGUCGUAAGAUGUCAUCACUGCAGAUGCCUAGGCACCCAGGAUAGUGGAGAGGGAUGGAGGUGGGUGGGCCAGGAAAAGAGGGUGAGUGACUUUCUUCCACUCCUCGGGGCAGUGAUUGUACCUUUCAGAGCAGCCAUCUUUAACCAGUGAGCCACAUUAUUUCAUUAGCUCCAUAUCCCCAGAGUCAUAUGGGAGUCUUUUCUGAAUAUAAAUCUUGUGUCCAUAGGGCACUGAAGCAGUUAAUCUAAAUGCUCUCUUGGACUCAAAGUGCAGCAGUGAGUUAUGAUCCUGGAGCAGAAGAGAGACCCGCUUUUCUUUUCUUUCUUUCUUUCUUUUUUUUUUAAAAGAAGAUUUUCUUCCUAAUGCAUGGUAAAUUAUAAAAGGAAGUGAAAAACUCCAAGGGAAAAUUCAAAAUGCUCGAAUAAGGUUUGGGUAUUUGGUUGAGAAACACACUGUUUCUGUUUCGUGAAUGCUUUUUGCAGAUUUCCUCUUUAAUUUCACAGUUUAUUUAAGUUAGCUCUGGUGGGGAAAAAUCAUCUUCUAAAGCCCUCUGUCCUCUUACUGUGAUUGGUAUUGGUCAUUUUUUACUUUGGUACUCUGUGUUGACAUCAUCACUUGUGGUAGCAGAGUAAACACAAGAAAUGACAGGUUAAAAAUGGUGGCUGAUUAUCAAGUCUCACUAAAAUUUUGGGUGAGGUGUUUGCUCACUAAUAAACGAAACACUGUUGGGUUACGUAAGGUUAGCUAGCCCAGUAGUUUUCAUGUCCUUGAAGUUUCACCUCAGAAAUUAUAAUACAGUCUGAAUGUUCAGUGUUGGCUUCCAGUGACCUCUUUUUAGCUCGAGCCUUUUAAAGGGAUUUGGAGAAAUCUGCAUGAAGUUCGGGCCGAAUGGAACCUCAGAAAGGAAAUAUCUUUCAGAGUCAAAAUGAAACCAAGUAUUCAUAUUAGGGGGUAUAAGGAAAGAAACAAAUAAGAAAGACCAAAUCCUCCCUUCAGGAGCAGGCAGCAGUUGCCUUCUGCCAACUGGCCCGCUUGUGAGAACUAGUGAAGUCAUCAAGCCACAGCUAUUUUAAUCCUGACACGGCGGGUGCGCAGAGGCAGCUGGAGGUGCUGUACAGAGGAAGCGCAGAGACAUUUUCAGAGGCAGAAAAUUUCCCUGCUGACUGACAGCAUCCCUGUUUCCCACCUAGUGCCUCUGGCACCUCUGAGAAACCGGAGGGCUUGUGUAAUGGCCCAGGCUGGGAUGGUGUAGAUUGGAUCUAUACCCAGCCCCUUAAGGAGACCUCCCAUUUCUCCCCCACUGUGACCAUCCCCGUCCACCAUGAUAAGAUACACGGGUUGUAAACAUGGUACUGGCACAAAGCAGAAGACAAAUUGUUGUUGUUAGGAUUUGAGACAGGGUCUAUGGUGUCCUAUGCUGGCCUGACCUUACUUACAAUAUAGCUGAAAAUGUCCUUUAACUUCUAAUGUUCCUGCUUCUGCCUCGCAAGUGCAAGGACGGCAACCACAAACCACUGUACUUGGCUUUCACAGCACUGGUCAUUGUACCUUGUCCAUGCCUGACAAGCACAUUGCCAAAGGAACCACACCCUGAGACAUAAAAUGUUUUGAAUUUUUCCUUUCUUUGUCUUACUGCUUUAUUAACCACUAUAGGUCAGAAGGGCAAGGGCUGUACUUUGCUGACCUAAUGCUUUAGGAGAUAAUGAACUAAUAGAAAUACAUGCACACACAUCUACAUGCAUACACACAAAUACACACACACACACACACACACACACACACACACACACACACACACACACACACACACACAACAUGGACAGUGAGUCUCUUCCCCAAAAAACCAAUAGUAGGAAGAAAUAUUGGAAACUUGUGUUUUAAAUUCUUAUAAAAAUAAUCUGUUUUUCAGAAAAAGUGUUUGGUAAUGACCUGGAAUGCAUUUUAAUUUUCUAUGCGCUCUGCCUGUAGGCUUUGUCAUUACCGAUCUUUAAGAAAAACAAAAGUGUAAGUGAAUAUUUGAUAGAGUACAGAUUCCUCUGCCCGAUGCUGUUUUAACCACUGGUGACAUGAUCUAAAACUGUAAGUACAGCUUCUUCAUCCCUUUUGAGACUCAGGGGGAAAAAGUUUAGAAACAUCAACCAAAUAGAGAUAAAUUUAGAGAUAAUGAGAUCGAGUUCUGAGUGUAAGAAAUUAUCUCCUUUUCAGCCCCGCAGAGGGAAGUGUUUCUGUUGUAGAAGCAGGGGGUGCCCUCUCCCGAGACAUUUCAUGAAACAUGAAGUCCUUUAGCAGCAUCAUAUCCAGCUGCUAGGUCUCUGCCCUUAUUUUGCAAUGAAUCCAGGGAUAAGAAGCUACCUUGCAUGUUGGAAACAGGGUAGCCAGCAUCUCGGUCAUGAUUCCAAAGGCACUUUCAUUCUGAGUAGCAAGCCCUAGGGCCAGAGAAACAAAACCAAACCCCCAAAUUCAGAACAGUAUAUUUCCUAUGAAAGCCUGUAUAGUUUUCUGUUUGCUGAUUAAAAAUCUAUACUUAGAAAGACAGGACCUUUCCAUUUUUUAUUCAAAAUAAUGGUGACCAUCUUAACCCUAUAAUAUAAAGUCAAGGUGUGAAUGGGCAUAUGGUCUUGGUAGAUGUGGUGCCUGUGUACAGUAAAGUAUAUUCACAGUAAUGUAAUCUUUGUUUAACUUCCUUUGAAUUAGCCUGGUAGAUAUUGUACCAAUGGACAGCACGGUAGAUUCAUGGUAGUGUAAUCUUUAUAGUUUCCCUCGAGCUAGCCCACAAGACAUUUAUUCAAAGAUCACCAGUUGGUUCUGGACAGAAAGAAAUCAGGAAAGUUUGGGGUUUUCUCUGAUUCUGCAGUAAUAUAUUUUAUGACUGAAGCCAAGGUAGCAUUUGGGGCAUUUACAAUUGCAGAUGAAGAAACCGAGAGCCCCCAAGGCAUCUCUGUAUCUUUUUGUCCUGAAUCCAAGCAUCCUGGGAAUUUAAUUCAGUAAAUUCUAAUGAAGGCUGCUUAGUAACUCACUUUCCUUGUCCCUGUGUUGGGGGUAGAUUUGGAAGAAGCCUAAUGUGUUUAUCUUGAAGCUUUCCUAGACCUGGUUUCUUUGGUUCCUGGUGUUUAUAAGAUUCUUGUAGAUCCUGGUUCUUGCUGAAGUAGUUAAAAGCCAGGAUCUAGAACCAUGAAUCGAUCAACCCCCAUCUCCACUCUCAUUGCUACGGGAAUGGGACAAGUUGCUUAGCAUAUCAGGGCCUCGGCCCCUUAUUUGCAGAAUGGAUGUAAUGAUAGCACUUACCUGAAAGCAUCCUUGAGAGGUUGGAAGAGGUCUGAGAUGCCUGAUAUGGUUCAGGGUACAUGACAAGAAGUAACUCAGUGUGAACUGUUGCUCUGAGGAGUAGGGCUAUUGCUUUUAUCUCAUGGGAUUCAGUGUUGUUGCUGUUGUCAUUGUUGUUGUUUCUGCAUAUAUCUGUGUGUACCACAUGUAUGCCUGGUGCCCAUGAAGACCAGAAGACAGUGUCAUGUCACCUGAAACUGCACUUACAUGUAGUUGUGUGCUGCCACGUGUUUGCUGGGAAUCCAAUCCAGGACCAGUAGCUCUUAACUGCUGCACCUGCUCUCUAGGCCCAAGAAGAAUUUUAUUUUAUUGGCAGUCUGAGGCCCUACUUUAACAAUAGGCGUUUUCUUUUGUUCUGAACAUUGCAGGGAACCUGGGAGAACCAAGGCAUAUAAUCAGCUCAUGUAUGGUACUGUUCCCUCAAUAAUUCCCCUUCUCAGAGGCAGCAGUAUGGCAGGAAAGUUCAAGGAGUAAAAGCUGCCGAGAGGGCAGUGCCACUGCAAAGAGCAGAGCGUGGGGGCGGGGAUCUCGGCUCAAAGUUGCAGCUUGCUGGUCUUUUCCUCUCAGGCCCCGUACUCUGUUUCUGUGAGGGGGAGGUCGUCUGUGGACUAUUUCAGGGGUCUGAUCAUUAGGGAAAUUCCUUUGGACCCUUUUAUAUACUGCUGGACUUCUAAUCCUCCUGCCGUUCCCACCUCUGGCUUGUCCUGUGCCAAGCAUCACUCCCCACUGAGCUUUAUCCUUGGACUGCUUUUCUUUGCUCCUUCUUUCCCCUUUCCUUCCUCUCCCUUCCCCUCCCCUCCCAUUUCCUCCUUACUUCCCUUCCACCCCCCUUCCCUUCCUGUCUUUCCCUUUCCUCCCAUCUUUCCUUUCAUUCCUUUUGUCCUCUUCCCCGUCUUUAUUUUGGAGACAGGGCCUCAGAUAACUAAGGCUGGCCUUCAGUGUGCUAUAUUGGAAGAACACUUUGAAACCCACAGUCUCUUGCUCACUGGUAUUAUAGAUGUGUGUCACCAUACCCAGCUUUGUGUGGUGCUGGGGUUAAAACUCAGGGCUUAGUACUGGCUAGGAACACAUAACUGAGCUUAUUUUAUGCAGGGCAAGUUUCUUUGGGGGACAUGCAAAUGAGGAAUGGGUUGAAGGUUGCAGGCAACUGGAUCUGUCCUGCUUUGACCUUGACCUGACUGGUUGGAUUGAACAUUGCACCUUCUUGCCAACAUAACACUAACACAGCUCCAUUAGACUUCUCUUAUCUUUUCUCUUUUUUUGCUUUGUCUCUUCUCUUUUUAUUUAUUAAGGCUCUGUUGAGUAAACUUUAUGAUAACAAGGAAAAGUGAAAAGUUCAUAAGUUCAGAAACAAAAUUGCCUGCAAUCAAAUAUUAGUGCAUGUUUUUGGAAAGGUCCAGAAGCCUGUGCCUGGCAGGUCACUGUGAUCAGUGAGUCUUUCUCUCUCUCUCUCUCUCUCUCUCUCUCUCUCUCUCUCUCUCUCUCUCUCAAAAAGUCUAUGUUCUUGGCUUUGCACCACACUCUGGCUUUCUCUGGCCCUGUGCUCAGACCCCAGCUCCUCUCUCUCUCUCUCUCUCUCUCUCUCUCUCUCUCUCUCUCUCCCUCCCUCCCUCUCUCUCUCUCUCUCUCUCUCUCUCUCUCUCUCUCUCUCUCUCUCUCAAAAAGUCUUUGUUCGUGGCUUUGCACCACCCUCUGGCUUUCUCUGGCCCUGUGCUCAGACCCCAGCUCUGGGCCUCUCUGGCUCAUCUAAAGACUUAAUAUUAAUAUUUUCCCCAGGUCUGCUCUUCUCCUCCUUUUCCAGGCCUCAGCAGGGAGGUGCAAGGAUGCAGAUUUAUUUUUCUAGUGACGUGCAUUUCACCCUCCUUCCUCCUGAGGAAGACAGACAUGGAUUCUGAAUAUUUUUCCAUUCUUCUUUUACACGUAGGAUCGAAGCCAGAGCCAAUUAUGGUAAAUGCAGUGUUUCAGUCCAGUGGAUUUUAGGCGAGCUGGGGUUUGUUGGAGUUUUUGAAAAAACAUUAUUUUAGCUUGACAGCAUCAUUGGUAACACAAUUUUCAUCUUCACACAUUAUUUUUCUAAGCCCUUAUAGACCAGUGCCUGGGAAAUAGGGAGAUUUCACAUCUCUUCUCUGUGCCUGGAGCUCUUUGUGUUCAAUCGAGUUCUCACACACACAAGGCAGCCUAUUGCAUGAUAUUUACAGCUUGUGGGGUGGAAGUUCAAUUCUUAAUUCAUCAGACACCAUGUGCAGUGUUAUUAGUCUCUGCUGUAAAAAGAACGAUAAGUGAACAGUGAAGAACAGGUCUUAUGAACCUUCCACAAGCACUCUGCACCAAAUCUAACAGAUGCUUCAGAAAAAAAUGGCGGCCGGCUUGGUGGACUUUGGGUUAUAUGUAUGUAUGGACUCCUGCUGUGCCUGAUCCUUGGGGUGUCUGUCUUCUUUUACUAGGCUUACCAUCUCCCUCUCCUUCACUCUACUUGUUGACCUGUCUCCUCCUCCUUCUUCUGUCCUUCCUCCACUUUUUCUUUCACCCUCCUCGUUCCGUACAUCUACAUCCUCAUAAAGUUACCCAUGAUCGGGAGCUGUUUGCUUCUAGCUUCUUUCCCCUUUUAAGUAGGUGUCUGCAGGUAUAUCCCCUGUCUCAGACCAUCUCAUUUUGCCCUGUACCUCAGGUUAUUUGGGUUGUAGGUGCUCUAAGUUGGGCCCUUCACGAUUUUUCCCGUCUGCAUUUGUUGCCCACCUGCAUGCAUCCAGUGCAGUGUUUGAUUGGCAUCCUCCGUAACUUCUCUGAGUCCUUCCUAACUCAUCUUGUAUGUCUGUUCCCUGGGGCUCCCCGAUUGAUAACCACUGCUUACUAACCACAUGUUCUCUGGAACAACUCCAGUUUUAGGCUAAAAUGAUACUGAUUGAACUCCCUGCUUCCCACCAGUGCUUACCCGUCCUUUCCUGUAACCAAAGGGAAUAUAGAAAUACAUCUUGGCCUUUGCUGAUCUGAGCCACUGUGAUUUUUGGCUUCAGAGAGGCUCAGACUAGCCCCAAGGCAGAGCGCCCUGAAAAACACCACAGAAAGUAGGUUAAAGGGUGUUCGGCUGUACCUACAGCUUGUUUUCUCUCUCUAUGAAUGACGUGUGUUUUAUAUGUACAAUGGCAGAGAAGUCAGACAUGGUGUUGGAGCUUGGCUGCUUUCUGCCCCAUCUCAAAGAGAAGCAUGAAAGUGUGUUGAGUAGUAUUGUCAGAUACUCGGAGCCAAGGCGACCAUGGCUGUCUCGGUUUCCCAUAUAUAUAUAUACAUAUAUUUUCAUCUUUUGAAGCAAGAUUUCACUAUGGAACCCAACCCUUCACUGUGUAGCCCAUGUUGGGGCUAAGAAAUCAUUCCAAAACUCCUGGCCUCUGAUUCUCAGUCAUCCUUCUGUCUCAGUGUCCAUAGUGCCUGGUUAAGUAAAGUUCUCAUAUUUAUUUCUUACUAUAACCCGUCAUUUUUUUUUCCUUUUAAUGAUCUGCCAUGAGAGUUUCCCUUUUCCUUCAAGGGACUAUAAUUCACGGGUCUAUUUGAGAAAUAGAACUCUAAAUUGCUAAUUUACUUGAUGUUAAGGCUACGAGUCAUUUCAGUGAGCACACAAAGGGCAGAACUUGACAUAUUAAAACUUGAAGUGGUUUUUCUUUCGGUGGCUUUGUUUUCGAUUCUCUCCAAGGUUACUUAGCAGUGUUGUCAGGGGCUGAUGCCUUGAGACUUGAGGAGCUUUCUCCUGUGUUGGAUGCUAGAUGCUCUUGAAGAGGACAUGUGCCUUGUCUGUUUUGCUUUCACUCCCUACUGCAUGUGAACUACCAACCCCCUUUUACGUUCAUGGAGAGGCUGGUGUGUGUAAUGCUCUGCAGUGAUGUUUUUAGCCCAGUGUGUAUGUGUCAUCAUCCCAGAGUGCAGUAUGCUAAACCUUGUGUUGCUUUGACACCGAAGUGUUCAGUAAUUUGAAAUAGGGGACUAGAUGUGUAUUGAAGACAGUUAAGCUCAUGUAUGAUUUUAAAGUUAGAUCUUGAAGUGUCUUUGUGUGUAUCUGUGUGUACAGAUGCGAAUGUGUGCAUGUUGUUUUUGUAUGGGUGAGCAUUUGCCACACUGUGUGACUUUGGAGACACUUCUCUCCUUCCACCUUUACUGUGGUUUCCUGGAAUCUAACUUAGACUUUCAGGCUUGCAUUGUGCAGUGCCAAGAGCUUUCUACCUGAUGAGCCAUCUGGUUAGACCUCAUGUGUGAUUUUUAGAAAAGAAGUAAGAGUAACAUCCUUUACUUUUAUUAGAAGGCGAGAUAUAAGUAGUUUGAUCAAAAAGUAAGUCAUUUUUCCACAAAUGGAAGCUGCUGGUGUUAAUGGUUGUAGGGAAAUGGGCAGGAAACCCUAAUUUAACAACCUCAAAACACUGUUAGUAGAGGACUAUCACUAGACACCUGGGUCCUUAUUUUCAAAAUUGUGUUCUCCCCUGUGGAAGUUCUGAACGUGUUUUAAUUUCUAAGAUGAGACGGUUGUAAUUGAUUCUAAAGUGCCACCCCCACCCCAUACACACACACUGUUUUCAUUCAUCUAAAACAGAUAUGUGUUUCAUGCUCUCUCUAGCCAGGAUUUAGUGGCCUGGAACAUGCUAAUUGAUGUAGGCCAAGCUGAAGGGGCUUGAUCUGGGAGUUUUAAUGCCGUGCAGAAAGUAUGUCUGCUUCAUCCAGCCCUUGUUUAGCUUUCCACUCUCUCUGAAGCUGAAUAAUUGAGUUCUCUGCACUUCUUCAGCUAUUCUGACUGGCCUGUUGGCUGUCGGUCUUUGGAGAUAACAAUGGAUUUUUUUCUAUUUUGUUUACUGUCGCUCUGUAAUAAGAAUUUUGAAACUAUGACUAGCAUGAAAUAACCAUGGAGGAUACCCUGGAGCCAUUUCAAAUGUAACAUGCCCUAAGCCUAUUUAAUUUGAGUGUGAGCAAGUGUUUGCUGGGUCCAAGAUUCCCCAGAGAAGGUAAAAAUCAGAAGUAAUUGAAGUAGAUCAGAUUAUGAAAUGGGCGUUGUAGUGUUUAUGUCAGUGUUGUAUGCACAUGGGUGGUAUGUACUCGAGCGUGUGUGUGUGUGUGUGUGUGUGUGUGUGUGUGUGUGUGUGUGUGUGUGCUUAUGGAGGCCAAGGGAGAAGGUAGGUGUCCCUCUCUAUCUCUAUUUUAUUCCCUUGAGACAGAUCCUCUCACUGAUCCUGAAGCUAACCUGGUGGUUAGCCCUUAAAGUCCUUUUGCCUCCCCACACCCUUACAAGCACUUUGCUGCACCAUGUAUCCCCCACUCCCAGCCUUCAAUAUGGGUGCUAGAGUUUCAACUCAGGUCCUUGGAUAGCAAGUACUCUUGAGCUCCAUCUCCAGCCUUUUAAACACCUUCUGCUCUAAAUACAUUCAUUUGCUAAUUCAGACUUGCAAGCAUUCGUACUAUACUGGUUAAAGUGUCUGAGGGUGCUAAGUUCAAUGUUCCGGGUACACAGUCUCCACCCUUCACAAACUGUUCUACACGUUAGGAGAACCAUGGGGUGGGCUGUGGGAGCAGAGCAUGUAAUGCUUACCCCAAGACUCAGCUUUCCCUUCUGGCCCACUGCUUCCUCAUUGUCUGGCUCCAACAGUCUUGUAACUUCUCUGUAUUCUCUAUUUCCUCAUCUAUGAAGUAAUGAAGUAAACUUGAGCUCAGGGCUUACUAGGACCAUUCAACUCUUUAAUACAUUGGAAAGACUUAUUACAGACAGUGCCUGGCACAGAAUAACCCUGUGGUUGUCAUUAGUAGUGGUAGUAGAAAAGACAAAAAAAAAAUGGUGUUUCUCCCUAUUAAGGUUGCUAUGGUUAAUGACAGAGAAAUAGAUCUAUCUUACUUCAAUGUUACUGCAUACGUGCAAAAUAUAUUUUGAAUACAGACAGUUUUUCAUUAUAAAUAACAAGUGAAUAUUUAUUAAUUGCUAUGAACAUUUUAUCUGGGUUUACUUAGAUGAUAUUUUAAGGGUUAAAAUGCCAAAGGAGGUGGGGAUAAUGAGAAUGAAAACAGAAAUCUUGUUCCCAAAUAUUCGACAUCUGAAUAUGAAAGUUAAAAGGGGAAAAAUAAGUUCCUCUUAAUUUUUUUAGCUAUUUAGUUUAUUACAGCAAUUAUUUGGAGAUGAUCAUUACCAGCAUAUGGUAAACUUGACAUUAGAAUGAAGAUGGUAAUGUUUAAGGUUUGAUACAUCGCCUUUCUCCAGGGUUGGCAGACAUUUAAUCUGCCAUGGGCAUUUGUAAUAGACUCAGGGGUUAGCAGUUCUGGCUACACAAUAGGAGCAGUGAGGGAAACAUCUGGAAGUCUUAGGAAGAAACAAAUCUACUGCUUGGCAGAGACCUGGAGUUAAGAAUGAGCUAGUAGCCAGGAAGGUGAGUUGUGUGGCAUAACAGUGAAGAAUUCUAGGCAUGAAGGACAAAGCCAUGAGUCCUUGUCCUUUUUGCUUGGCUAUAGAAAGGGAGAAGGACAGAUGUUGGGAGGAGGUGACCUUGUCUAGAAACUGCAGUCCUUGAUUCUACUGAAUCUGUGCUCAGAUGAUUGCACAGAAGUGUUGCUGCCCUAGAGCACUGAGUUGAAAACUUGGAAAAGUGCAGCGAAGAUUUGCUUCAGGAGACUAAUUCUCUCAGGUAGUACAUAACCAUUAACCUUCCUCAUUGGCGACCACGGUCCUCAGAUGCCUUCAGCUCCCAUUGCUGUGCCUUCCAUUUUUUAUCACAUUUCCAGUACUUGCUUUACAAACACAUUUCCCCAUUUUCGAGGUUAUCCCUUUGAUCUCUUGACAGUUCCCUUGGCUGUAUAGGAGCUCUUGAGUUCCAUGUAUUCCCCCUCUCUAUUUUUGCCUUCCGUGUUUUGGCUUUGGGGCUUGUAUCCACAGUUCCAUGUCUUGGAGCUCGUUCCUGAUUUCCGUUCCAGUGUUCAUCCUGCUACCACAGAUCCAUCAUGACCUACUUCUUCCAGUGUUUUCAGAGGCAAGAAGAAUUCUCUUCUACCCUCCUUCUUCAGGAUGCUGUGUCAGUUCGGCUUUGUGCCUAUCUCUCUCAGGAAUCUCCUUACCAAGCCUUCUUCUCCCAGGUUCUCUGUCUCCUUAGGUUGUGGUUGAUCUGUUCUUUGUCUAUUCUCCUCUUUGCUAACCAUGUGAAGUUGAUACAUAAUGUAUACAAGAAAAGUUCACUGGAAUCUAGUGUCUUCAGCACACUCUGUUCACACAUGUUGCACAGUGUGUCUGAAUGUACUGUUCAGGACAGGAGAUAAUUUUCUUUUGGCCUUUGGAAGCAUUCUUUCACCAUAGUCUCCACUUGGAUGCUGUUAGCACCAUUCUUUCGUUAAUUCACUUCUCUUCAGCUCGUCUUCUUCAGGGUCUUAGCAACAUGCCAUACCCCUGACCUUCUGUGUGUCUCAAUGACACACCUUCAUGUGCUUGUUUGCCCUGUGCCUUAGUUUUAAGCAACUAAGUGGCCUCUGUCAUCAGUAACCUUAAAGCCUUCCUUUUAAGGAGUUUUAACUUCAAAUAUAGAAAUCUCUUUGACCCAAAUUGAGCUAGAGCUGAUGAUUCUGGGAUGUGCUAGGAUUAGAAUACAGUUCUUUUAAAGAUAUCUUUGCAGACAUUUAUCACAGCAUCCUGAGUUUGAUAAAAUGAGCAUAGGGGAUAUGGGGGUCCUGUCUGAGUCUGGUUUCCUACUAUGCCCAUGCUUUCUUCUAACUUUCCUACUCAGAUGUUGGAUAUCUUAGGCCAAGAUUUCAAUUUUCAUUCUUAUUAUCACUGCCCGCCUCCUUUUAGCUUCUGUUGCUUCCUUUCUAAAAUAUAUAUAAAAACAACAAAAACAAAAACAAAUCAAAGCAAAACCCACACCUUCCCUUCUUAUCUAUGUGCUCCUUGUUUUGUCUAUCACUGUCAUCUUUAAUUGCCAGGAACACUUGUUCUGAUAAGAAUCCUGUCCUUUCAGUGUCCACUUGUGGAGUGCUUUAAGGAAGUCUGCUGUCUCUGCUUGGACCACCAAUCAGCUUUUUGUUUUUGUUUGAGCUUGUCUUUGGGCUUCUCUCAGGGCCCCUGGACAGGGGAACUAUUUAUCCAGGCAGGAGCCAUCUUUGAGGAUUUAUUCCAUGGCUGAUUGCACUUCUCUGUAGGAUCACUUUCUAAACUUAAGAACUUUAAACUUCUAGAACUAGAGAGCAGUGGGUAGCCUGUAUGCUCGGUACCUGGAUUCGCACGCCAGCCAUUUCUUUCAUGCCCUUCUCUGUCCGAGUCCCUCCCCUUCCCUGGGUGGAUGAUCUCUCAGUGGAAGCCUGUACAUUUCAUUCUAUUCCCCAAAUGAGCUCUGGUCCUCUGGGAUCUGAGAAAGCAGUCCUCUAGGUGAGUUUGUUACAGUGGGGGCCUUAUUCAUCCUUAGAUGGUUUGUCAGUAAGUCUCCCCGGUUAUUUUUAUUUUUAUUUUUUUUAGCUGAUCCUUUCCUCCAGUUUUAGAGUUAGAUAUGGCUGUCAGUUUCCCAGAUUCUGGGACUUUUAUUUGUGGAAUAAGUUAAUUUAUUUUCUGUUUCUCCCUUGAGUGUCUUAGCCACAUUCAGCUUUCCAGGGUUCCCAAAUCAUUUCUUUACUUUUCAGCCAUCUGUUUCAUUUUAUUCCUUUCCAAAAAUAAUUUUGAUGUUAUUGACUCAUUUCUCAUUCUCUACCUGAGUAGAAGCCUGUGACCUGCCGUCGUAUUUGAACGUUGGUGAGGGUGAAAGUCAGCUCGCUCAGGGUGCUCAGCACGCUCUCCACUCAGGAGUCAGCGAUCUUCCUGUUGACUUUCCGAGUUUGCCUUUCUGUCAAUUAUUUAUCCGUAUGUUUUCCUGUUGGAUUUCUUGUUUGUCCUUCCACCCCCAAUUGAGUUUCCUGAUCUAGUCUAGAUUUUUAGUCCAUUCUUUGCUUUAUAUCAUCAUGAUUGCAACAUUGGACUGUGUGAUAAAGCUCUGUUCUCAAAGGUUUCCAGGCACUGCAGGGUGUUACCAUAUUAAGUUUUUCUAUAUAAGUGUUUCUACAUAAGUGUCAUUAUUACAAGGGCUUUCCAGAAUAUGAAUGUCAUAAUUAAAUCAUUUUAAUGCCUUGUGUUUCUGGUGUUAAAAAGCCAGUUAUUGAAUGAUGGUUAUAGUGGAACAUUUGAUUUGUAUUUGUUCUUUUGGUUGAAAAAAAAAAAAAAACCAACGGUUUCAGGCUGGUUGUUGCCACUCAGUUCUGACGUUUCUUAUCUAUUAUAGAGUUUCUACUUGUUAGACUCUACAUGGAUAUAGAGUCUAAAUAGAUGUCAUGGUGAAGCUCUUCCUUACAUGUGGACAAGUAGGUUCUAGCAAGUGGGAUAAAAACUGGAUGUUGCGUGCAUGUGAACAUAUCUUUUAGGUAACCUGGUACAUAUAAGAACCAUGUACUAACCUACAGUGUCACUGGUGCCCUUGCUAUGCAAAGGUUUUAAUUUUUGUUUGUUUUAUUUUAUUUUUCAGGUUUCUCCCUGCCUCUGUUGCUUAAUAGAGUGCAAUAUUUCCUAGUGAAAGUAGAUAUAACAUACUUCUUAUCUGAUGAGUUUUUCAUAUCUCAUGAGUGGUGCACUGUUUUGCCCACAAAUAAUGGAAUUGGCUUUUAAAAACUAAUCCAUUGCAUUCCUUCUGACCCCUUUGUUUCUUUGUUUCCUUCCUUUGUUUCUAUUGUAUGUAAUGGAGAAGCAGUGGCUGGAGAUCAAGCUAAUGUAUUGACUCAUGAGGACCAUGCCCAUGCCUAAGGAUAGUGGAGCUGUGAACUGGGCUAUCCUUGGCUUCUUCAAGAUGGGAGAGUCCAACUUCCAUGGCCACCUACCUCAGUGGACCAUAGACUAACUACCUCACUAUGCACUCUGGCAGAUAACUACUUCAGCCCCUCAUUAGGCACUGUCCCUUUCAGUUUGUGGAUCCAUCCAGCUAACCCUGGUCUUUAAAGUCAGUUCAGACUGGCUGAAGUUCAAAUGUUGCUUUGUGGUUUAUGGUUUUGUAAAACCGGGGUAUCCAAGAAAUGGAUCUGUUCCUAAGUAUUCUCCGUUCUGUAAUGUAAGUAGCAUCGUGGGUCUGUUUCCCGCUCUGCCUUCUUCCAGCUUUGCUGUUCUUGUUUGCUUCUUCUGAGAUAGCAAAAUGUGGGAACAGUACUGCCCCCAGCUGCCUCCAAUUUCCACAGCAAAGACUCUACUCUCAGGAAACUAACAACUACUUUCUGAUGACUAGUAAUGGGCUUGCUAACUCUUUCCCUAAUCCUGUCAGGGUGAUGGCGAGGAUAGACAUGCUGCUGUGGCCAUUGCUGGCGUAGAGAGACCUGUUAACCCCAACAUUGGUUAAGCAAGGUUUCCGUGGAAUGGAGGAGGAUUGUGUUGUGUACUUGGCAAUUAUUGUAUUUCAUCUUAAUGCAUUUGAAAGAAAAUAUACAUGCUAACUUUUGGAUACAUUUUCCCUUGUUUUAGUAGUUUAUAUACAAAGCAAUUAAUGUUAAAAUGAAUAAUUUCUGUGAGUCAAUAAUCACAAGGAAGUAAAUGACAAGUAAGCCAUAGGGAUACAGUGGGCAGAGUGAAAUGGUAACUGUAAGUGAAUCAUCUUGGAAAGGUGGGUAAUUAAAAGACCAAGUAAAAACACCAUUCUAAAAAAAAUCAUGGGUUCUAAUAGAGCAUAUUUUGGGCAGUGGUAACUGAGUUGAUAAAUGCUGAAGAAAGUAUAGUGUAUCCGAACAAAUGUCCAUUCUAAUUGAUGUGUAAUUUGUGGUGUGUGUGUGUGUGUGUGUGUGUGUGUGUGCGUGUUCCUCUGUUCCUAUCCAGUUUACUCCUUUGCAGUUCAAUCUCUCACUGAACUGUAAGUUCAUUAUUUCAGCUAUGAUACCUGACCAGGGAGCUACCAAGAUCUGUUUUUUCUUCAUCUCCCAAUUCUAGGACUAUAACCACAUACGUCCAUACCAAUCUUUUUACAUGGGUGCACAGGAUUUGAACUCAGGUCCUCAUACUUGCACAACAUAUACUAUUAUCUAUAUACCAUUUCCCAAUCUGUGUUUCUAGUUUUUAAACCACCUUCAGAAAAGCACUUUUCCUCUAAUAGUCUCAAAGACUGUCAGAAUUGUUACCAGUUUUGCUUUCUUUUUUCUUUUCUAAUCCUCUCCUCUCCUCUCCUCUCCUCUCCUCUGUUAUCCUCUCCUCUCCUCUCUUCUCUUCUCUUCUCUUUUCUUUUAACACAAAGUUUCUCUGUGUAGCCUUGCCUGUCUUGGAACUCAAUCUGUAGUCUAGUCUACAUCAAUAAGAUCCUCCUGCCUCUGCCUACUAAGUGCUGAGAUUAAAGCUGUGAUCUGCCAUAGCUUUACUCCUCCUUUUCCUCCUCCCUCCCUUCUCCUCCUCCUUUUUUUUUCUUUUCUUUUUUUCGGAGCUGGGGACCGAACCCAGGGCCUUGCGCUUGCUAGGCAAGCGCUCUACCACUGAGCUAAAUCCCCAACCCCCUCCCCCUCCUUUUUUAAUGGCAAAAUGUAUCUCUAAUUACUUCACAAACUGAUAUGGAAUAUGCUUUUUUCCCCCAGAGUAUACCUCUUUAUUUUUAAUUCACCACAGGUGGACUUUUCUGUAGAAAUAAGUCUCACCCCUUCAUCGAAUUGUGGGAAAAAAAUGCACAGUAAUCCAGAGUUCCCCUGAUCUCUCAGUCAAUUUUCUCUGUCAUUGGAAUCUUCCAUGGAGAUGGCAUGUUUGUUCUAGGCUGUAAAUCCUUUAAUUAUAGUUCCUCCUUCAUUCAGCUCCCUUCAGCUUUUACCUCAGUUCCUUUUCUGUUAGAUACCCUCAUUUGGUGCAUCACAUAAUAAUACCCGUAGACACAUCUCCUUCAUGCCUUUUGGCUGGAAAAGUGUAUCUGACUGUCCUGUGUUUGAUGACCGUGUCAGUGUGAGGACUUCUGAUCAGGAUCUCUGCAGAGUGGAUCUCAGCUGGAAUGGGCUUGAUGGGUUUCCCAUGAUUGCUUCUGGGGCUUUAGGUUUUGGGAAGAGGGCCACAUUUUAAUCGGAGGAUGCCUUGGCUCCUUUGCCUGCUGAAAUUGGACUCUGGAUUUUUCCACUUCGUUGCUUUCCAACCCUCUUUUGUAUGUCAAUAUGAACUUGUGUAUUUAGUUUAUCCGUAGACUGUAAACUAGUACUCUUAUAUUGAUUUACUGCCACUGUUGUGUGCUUCUUAAAAAAAGUAUUUUUAAAGACAUAGUAGUAUUGUCCUUUUGGGCACUUGAAAAUCCUACAUACUCAUCUCUUGCCUCAGCCCUGACACGAGCAGCUUCUCCAAGCAGCUAUGGCUCCUCUUAUUUGAGAAUGGCAUUAGAACCCAAGAUCUGACUGCUGGAUGUGCUUAUUAAGGCUGUGUGUCACAGGGGACGUGAUUGUAUCCUGCUGCUUCUCAGAUACAGAAUGAAACGUUCUUUCAUGACAUUUCUCUUCCAGGUGUCACCCAUCAGUGUGUGGGAUAAGGGCCACCCAUACUUGGGGAUCAUGUAGCUCCCCCCUCUCAUCAUGUCUCUGUAGCCAGGGACCCUUUUCCUUCUCUCCCUGGGAGGUUUGCAAAGUGGUUGAUUUUUCUGGCCACUCUGAUGAGCUACUCACUUAAGAGCAAAAAUAUGAGGGAAGAUUUGUUAACUCUGACUGGAGAAGUUUUUUAUUGAUUGCCCGCGUCAUCUUUUCUCUCUUUCUCUCUCAGUUUUGUCCAAGAGACUUAGCAGUUAAAAAUGGUGAGUUAAAGUAUGCUGUAUAUUGUUGUUGGCAGUAAGAAUAAAUGCAGACUCUGCCACAGAAUUGCCCUUUAAGUAAAGAUAGUGUGCUUUCUGUUUAAUGUGUUCACUACUCUCUAGCAUGCCUUCCAACCCACACAGCAAUUUACUGUGGGGCCCCGGCCUAAUGUGUUCAAACUAGACCCAUUGCCCAAUGUUUUAUGAAUUAAAUCUUUCUAGAAAGCAUAAAUAUUACCUUGAAUAGAGAAAUAUACACCUCCUUCCUGGAGCUCUCUCUAAGGGAAGGACUUCCUCUCAAUUGUGGAGUGGACUGAUUUUAGCCCUAUGAAGUAAUUAAUGGAGCAUAGGAAUUCAUGCUCCCAUGUUUCCUCUUUCUCCUUUCUCAGUCUCUCCAUCCCAGCUUCUCUGACUCUUUCUGCCUCUGCCUCUGCCUCUGCCUCUGCCUCUGCCUCUGCCUCUGCCCCUGCCUCUGCCCCUGCCCCUGCCCCUGCCCCUGCCCCUGCCCCUGCCCCUGCCCCUGCCCCUGCCCCUGCCCCUGCCCCUGCCUCUGCCUCUGCUUCUCUGUCUUUGUCUCUGUGUAUAUUUCUUCCUUAUAUAGGCAAAUUUCCAUCCAUUUUGCCAUUGGGGUAGAUAGGAUGGCUGGAACAGGAUGCCAAGAGAUCACAUAUUGAGCUGCAAGCAUGACUGAGUGAACCACUAGUGGCUCAAGUCUUCAAGUUCUUAGAGCUCCACCCCGGUGACUUAUUUCCGGAAGCACACCUUCAAGUCCUCCAAAACCAACUGGGACCAUGUUUUCAAAUGCUUGAGACUGGGGGCACAUUUCUCAUUCAAACUACCCUCCGCUCCGUUUUCUCUUUUUUUGCUUCUCUGUAUUAUCACCAACAUCUCACACCAGGGGGAGUUAUCCUUUUCCUCCUCCCUAACUCCUGGUUUUAAUCAGCACCACUGCAUUCUACUCCUUUGAAGCAAUUGAACACAUUAAUUUUUGAUGUUUGAAACAAUUCAAUCUGUCAAAGGAUGAAGGUCUUAAUUUUAUUUUCCUUGUGGCCAUUUGUGGGGUAAUUAGAAAAGCUGGAGCAGACCGAGACCCUCAUUUUAUCCAAUCUUUCAAGUUUACAGGCUUAAUGAAAACUAAUAUCUUAUGAAUGGAUUCUCAGUUCAACCUUGUGAAGAGGGUUUCCAGUCAAUUAGACAGACGUUACCACGUGCAGAGCCUUUAAAAUGCAAGUCUCUUAUUCCCUGCCCCCCCACUCCCCUCUCCCUACCUCCAGCCUUUAGUUCAGGCCGCUUUAAACACCUGAUAUUUCUCAGUCAAACUUUUGCAUGUUAGGAUGGAAAGAAUGUGCCUUCACACUCAGCCUGGAUUCCUUUUUGGUCCACCCCCUAGCUCCUCCUCCUCCUCCUCCCCCUUCUUCUCCUCUUUUCCCUCCUCCUCCUUCCCCCCCUUUUCUCCCUUCUUCCUUCCUUUUUGGGGGCAGGGGUUAGAUAAUCAUGCAAAAGAUCUGGAACACCGUCAAACCUUUUAUUUGCUGGCUACUUCUCUAUUCUGAGGCCUGUGCACACCCUAGCCAGGCUUCCUACUCACCAGGACUCAUUGUGCUGUCUCACUUUUAACGUGUGCUUCCCUUCUGCUUUCUUCAUAUUCAUUUAACUGCUUUAUGAACUCUUGUUCUAUGAGGCAUUGGUCUCGCCUGUUUGAGUGAACAGCACAUUGUAAAUAUUUACCAUUAUUUAUUUAGAACCACCUUCUGAAUUACUGUAUUACCAUAGACUUAUUUAUCAGGUCUUACUUAAUUGACGUUCAUACUCAAGAAACCAUUAAAUCUUUCUGUCCUCUCAGACUGUGGCAGAACUCAGAUUCUCAGAGCCCAAACUCGUAAAAUGUUCAAGAUAGUUGGAAAGGUGUUCCCCUUGCUUUCCUUCUUUUUAGUAAUGUCAGGGGGAGUUUGGCCACUUUGCAUCAUUAUUAUGAUAACAGCAGGAAGAGAGGGGAGUCAGACUACCAGGUCAGAUGUAUGUUUUCAGGAUUGAGUCUUCAUGCAAAUAGCCCUUCCAACCCUAGCUGUUAAGACUUAAGCCAGUAGAUAACAUCAUACUUAAUACUUAAGUUGUGAUUAAAAUCAUAAAUGUUACAAAACAUGACAGGCACUUCAACCACUUAUCUUUAAUAUAGCAUGUUUUAUAUUCUGAAGAUAAAAUUAAUACUGCCAUUUUUCAAAUGAAAUUGAAAAUGUAUUUGCACACAUUCACACAGUGGGUGGUGAAGGUAAAAUUGGACCAUGGCAUCCUGACUCAGAAAUCUCUCUUUACCACCUCUGCUGCUGUGCUCUGUGGAUUUCCUUCUUCUCUGGGAAUCUGCGAGUGUGUGUGAAUGUAUGUAAUGUGUGUGUGUGUGUGUAAUGUGUGUAACAUGUGUAAUGUGAAUAUGUGUGUAAUGUGUGUACUGUGUGUAUGUGUGUAAUGUGUGUAAUGUAUGUAUCUACUUCAGUAUGACCAGAGGAGUUGAGUCACAAUGCUGUGGUUUAUAAUUCUUCUUUUAUUAGUUUGAAGUACUGGUGAUUUUUAACAAUAAAUAUUAAGAAGAGUGAUUACUGUAAAUAAGUUAACUAUUAAAGGCAGCCUUUUAUACAGUUUUCCUUUGAUAAUAAAUCAGCACCUUAAAAGUAUUGAAUGUCAAUGCCUUUGAAUACAUAUGUAUUGACCCAUUUCUUGAAUUGAUGUAUCAGUUUCUGUCUGAGGCCCAGAUAUGACAUAAAGGCGAAUAAAAUGCACUUUCUUUUCCAUGGAUGGUAGUAUGUUACAGCCUUUCCUCAGUAAUUAUAUCCCAAGAUUAUACACACUACAAAGCAUGCACAAUACCAUGGGUGCUUAGAGAUCGCAGAGAAGGACAUGACAUGUCUUCUCCGGGAAAGCUGCGUUAGGCCUGCUAUAAACAGGGAAGGUCUCUGUGCAAAGCAUUCAGAGGACUGAGGUGAGCACAGGUGGAGUGGAGGAAAAGCAGGCUGCAGUGUUUGACGGUGACUGUUUAGAAAGAUAUAUGCUAGCAUGUUGGGGGAUAUAAUUUUAGUUGCAUCCAUGAAGUUUUAGUGGGGAUCUUAUUUCAUGCCACUCUGGACAACAGUUGAGGAGAUACAGAAGGAAGAGAGUCAUUCUCAGUUAAAAUUUAUGUGACCUGGUAAGAACGGGACUGAUCUGAAUGAAGAAGAGGUCAAGGUCAAUGGAAAGCUUUGAAUGGAGGGGACUGAGAGGAUGGGUGGAAGUUAAGAGAGCUAUUUUUUCUUCUGGCCUGCUUUCUUGUGGAACAUGAUGCGGGCAUUUUUAAUGACCUCAGUCAGUUAUUGGAAACCUGGCAGGUACGACUUAAUGUUGUGCCUAGUUGUGUAUUGAAAAACCCGUGGACACCCUCUGAAGAAUUUGUAGCAGAAUUUCCUGUUUCUUGUUCAUUCGUUGUACUAAAUGAUGCCUACUGAGAGCACUUGUGGGUCUUUGGAUGUUUUAAAGUAGAGGGUGCAGUGUGUGUGUGUGUGUGUGUGUGUAUGUGUGUGUGUGUGUGUGUGUGUGUGCUGAUAUUGGCAUCCAGCCUCUUGUACUGGAAAUCUAUUUCUUGGCUUGAUGGAGGCUCUCAUUGGGGCUGAGGGCUGAAGCCUUUGGGCCAGGAUCCUAGAUAAUCUACCUUUCUUCAGUGCUUUUCAGGAAUGGUGAUUGGCUGUAUUGCAUGGUUCUGGGUAUCAUCUACAGAGAGUGUGUGUCUUGGAGAUGCUCUGCAUAAGAGAGCAUGAAUUUUGUCUGCCUUGGAUGAUCUUUGCCCUACUGUUUGGUUCUGAGGUGGUACUUACUUGACUUGAAAAAAUAUGAAUUGUUAAGUGAUGGCAGUGAAUGUAGUCUGUGGUUAUUAGAUUUUUCAUACAUAUUGGUCCUUGGUAACUUUUGACCUAAGUAAUACAACUCUUGAGGGAUAUUUUAAUGACUUAUUUUAUUUGGGAACACUGAGGUCUAGUGUCCCAUCGAAUAACCCAUUUAUUAUUCAAAUCAGACACGUGCGGGUGAAUCCUUUUUGUGAGAAUGUCUCUUUACAGGCUAUUUACCCGUCAAAAGUCAUAAGGUUGUUUGAAUAAGUCACGUGUGUACACACACUGGUGGAAGGUACUGUUUCACAUGAUGUGUUUGGAGCAUCAGAGUGUACACAUGCAAACUUAUGGACAUUAUAAUGUGCUCCUGCAUGUUCUCCAAUCAUUUUGUGGAGGCAGUUUCUUCCUUUUGCCUCUCUCACCUUCAGUACCAUUAAUACUAGAGCUAAGGAUAAAGAUGUAUGUAGAAAUACUAUCUUCCUCUUAGUUUAUUCUUUUGAAACAUAGUGCCUUAAUUAUCUCCCCCUUCCUGUUCAAAAUAUAAUUCGUUGAUUAAUGAGCCUCUUAUGAGUUUAAAGCACAAUAACUUUAUUUUCUUUUUCUUUUGUGGCUUUUUGACACAGGGUUUCUCUGUGUAUCCCUGGCUCUCCUGAAAUUCCCUUUGUACACCAGACUGGCCUAGAACUCCAGAGUCCUUGUCUCUGCCUCCCAAUUGCUGGGAUUAAAAGCAUUCGCCACCAGCACCCAGCAGAAAUUUUUAUAUUAGUUAUUUUUAUAAUACUUUCACAUUAUGUUAGAAAUAAAAAUACCAAAUGACUGACAGUGACAGAAAAUUGAAGUAACCUGGUAGGGCGAAUUAUAAAUUAAUCAGAAAUCAAGGUGAAGUAUCUUUUGGGUAGGAGCUCAUACUGAUUUGAAAUUAAAUUAUUUAUUUAUUAAAUGUCUUCCCAGGAAAGCACAGAUUGUGCAAAGUAAAUCCAUAGAUGUAGUUUUGAAAGACAACUUCUGAUCCAGGUUAGUAGGUUAAUUAGUGAAAAUAUUUGUUAGUAAAGCCCCUUGUCCUCCUAGGCUGUUUUCACUCCUAAUAUAUACAGAGUUUGAACUGUGUGGUAAUUUCAGUUUGGAGAUUUAAUGUUUCUAAGGAUAUAUAUAGAAACAUUGAGCAGCUGUGGUCACAUACAUCUUCAUUUUCUACGAAGAGUCAAUUGCCGAUUGCUCUUCUUUCCCAUUGUGUCAGAACAACUUGAGCAAAAAAUUUUCUCCCCAGAGCAGAUAUUGUAAUGAUGUGAACCUUAGGUUAAUAUUGCUAUUUUAUUUUUACUUUUUAAAGACUUACUUAUUUUAUUUACAUGAGUACACUGUAGCUCUUUUCAGACACACCAGAAGAGAGCACUGAAUCCCAUUACAGAUGGUUGUGAGCCACCAUGUGGUUGCUGGGAUUUGAAUUCAGGACCUCUGGAAGAACCGUCAGUGCUCUUAACUGCUGAGCCAUCUCUCCAGUCCAAUGUUCCUACUUUAUAAUAAUCAUGUAUGAUCAUUUGUUUUGUGAGCUGUGAAUGAGGUGUGAUUGGCCAACGUAUCUUCAGAGUUUGACCAUGACACGUGGACCUGCUGAGGAUGCUGUCAUUGUUUUUCCACAUAGAAUAUGCCUGUAACUCCUUUCCGUCCUGUAUGUCUUGGGUGUUGGAUAGUUGGACUAUGAGGAUGCCAGUGUGUGUUUGUCAUCCAAGUGCAUGGGUGAAUGCCAGGAGAGAGUGUGGGCUUCCUAUAUUCUGAAGGCAUGGAGAGCUAAGUACAUCCACACUUUUAGGCAACAGUGUUUGCAUUCGAUAGUGUAUUUGUUGUUGUUGUUGUUUUAUUAUUUUUGUAAGGAACUUUGAAAUUCAUGCUUACAGAAGUCACUUGGACUUGUUCCUCCCAAAUUCAGGGAGACCCAUCUUUAUCUUUAUUUCCUUACUAGCUGCCCCCAUCAUUUAUAUAUUAUAAGAACAGAGUACAGAAUCAAACCCAAGGCCUUGGCAUUGGGGCUUCCAUACAGUUUAUGCAGAUCUAACUAGUUUUUACAUUCAUCCAUAUUUUUGUGCCAGUACAUGUCGUUCACCACAAUUUUAUCCCAUGUAUACAUUUGUAUGAAUGCCAGAAUAGACAUAUGAGGUUUAUGUAUACAGCUUCCCUUCGUUCAAGGCUUUUUUGGACUUCCCUUCUUUCCCUAUCCUUAAAUCAAGUUCCAAAGUGCAGUCUUAACUUUGCACUUUGCAUUUUAACUGUGACAAGCAAAAGAUGUUUAUGCUGAGAAAAAGAAAACCAACAAGGAAGGCAUCUGUUGACCAUUUCCUGGUGUGUUGAGCAUCUCUGAUCCAGGCUAAUUGUCUGAGUGAGAGGAAAUGUGCUCGCUCAGUGUACAUGAGUACUUGUCUGUCAGUGUCCCAUGUAGCACAGUGCUGUGUAUGAUGAAUAUGUAAAAUGAAAAAUUUAAAAAUAAAAGAAGAAACAAGAUUCUUAGAGCUUUGUUUCCUGGCCUUUGGAUUGCUGAUACUAUCCUAAGGAACCAUCCUCAUGAAUCACAGCUCAUGCCCCCUGUUGCAUUUAUUAAGGAGGAGAUGCAUGGCAUUACUGAACAUCAGUAGAGUGUUAAAAGAAGUGCAUUUUAGAAAAAGGAUCUUAUAAGUAAAAGUGGGUUAUGGGUUAGAGUGUUCCCGGAGUUGGUAUAGUUGGCGAUUUCAUGUACUUAAUUGUGGUGCUGAGGGGAAAGCAUGCUGUAAGCUAGGGGCAUCUGAAUAUGUGACCAUGCUCUCAGAAAGAAAAACCAUCCUUUGGGGUGAAGAUAGCAUCUUGAGUUGCAGAUACACAGAUAAACACAGUAAGAACUCGACACUGAAGAGAAAAACAGGUGCUUUAGCUUUUCCUGUAGGAAAUUGUUAAGCUUUUAAAAAUGAAGCUCGUCUGUGUGGCACAGAUAAAAAUAGACACGCCAGUUUACACAGGUUACAAAUGCAUCAAGGGGAGGCUUCACGGGUUGGUGGGGAAGAGAAGUCACCUUCUCUACUUCCUUUCUCUCACGUGCUCCUUCUGGUAUUUCCCAGUAAUGGGGAUCAGGGGCGGAAGGUCUUGGAAAGUCUUGGCUCCGGUUGUGAAAGGACUGUCCUCUCCCGCUGACUCAGCUAUCCUGUUUUCCUACCCUGCCUUCUUCACUCCCACCACUGAGCUGUUUUUAAAGCAAAGGAACAAGAAAAACCUGUUUUACUGGGAAAAGCUUUCAGACACACGCACCCAUCCUCUGGAUAGGAAAAGUUUGUCAGCUCCUCCGGUUUAAAUCCUUCAGCCCAACUGGUCUCUGUCCCUGUGGUCCCGCUCCUGUGUGCUGUGUGCAAAGAGUGGAUCUGGGAGUCUGCGGGUGGGCGUGGGGACCACGAGUCUGGGUAAGUGUCAGGCCUGGCCUUUAAAAAUAGCUUGUUUUUCAUUUUGGGAACAUAACCUCCCUGUUCCAUUUUGUUAACAAUCAAUUUUUAACUCUUAUAUUAGGUGCCAUGGGACGUGUUUAAAAGUCUUCAUCUUCCUGGAAUGAACAAUCUUUUUAGAGGAUUUAUCUAGUAGGAGAAAAAAGAUUUACCAGCCAAAUAAAAGGCCAGGGUAAAAGUACAAUAUAUGAAUUCAAGUGAGUCCUUGGGACAAAGCAUACAGAUGAGGUCAUGCAGGGACUUAGUCUGGUUGGAGAUGGUGACAGGAAUUGCAGGUAAGCACAUUCAGAGGAGAGUCCUGUGAUGGAACCUGGGUACCACUUAUAUGCUGGACGGAGUCAGAAUACGGGGUUUGCUUCCUUCUUUUAUUUGCUACUUCAAGUUAAGUUCCUCCCUGAGGCACGGACUCCUGUCUGACAUUGGAGUCCAGGUAUAGUUUUUUGGUUUUUGUUUUGUUUUUGAAAGUAAUAAUUGUUAAAAUGCUUCCAAAUUGCAAGACCCUGUACUGGCUGGAAUUUUUAUUCUUUGACUGCCAGACUCAGAAGUUUAAAUUUAGAAUGUUAAAAUUUCCUUGUGUAUACAUUUCAAAAACGAAAAAGCAUCUGUAAAGAUGUUGAUCUUAGGCAUUUUUUCAGAAUGUAAAAUGGUGGUUGGGAGAGUGAUUGCCUGGCCUUGGCUGGGUGUGGCAGCAUGCAUUUGCAACCCCCCACCCCGGGGGAGGUAGAGACGGGAGGAUCCCUGAGAUUAUGCUAACUAUCCAACAUAAUUGGUAAGCUUUAGCUCAACAAGAGGGCUUCCCCUUCAUUUUUCAAAGGUACACACACACACACACACACACACACACACACACACACACACACACACACACACACACACACACGAGGAAAGAGAAGGGAAAUGGAGUAAUAGAAAGGAGCAGGGAGGCAGGAGGGAGGGAGGAGGAGAAGGAGGAAAUAAAGUGCCAAGGUUGCUGAGAUGGUUUGAUGGUGUAGGUGGUAAAGACGCUUGCCACUGAAUCUGGUGAACUGAGUUCAGUUCAGAGACCCACUGUUGAGAACCGAGAACUCCACGUUUUUCUUGCUCUAAUCUUCACAGGAGCACCACAGUAUCCGCAGGCACCCCUUAAAUGCACAAGUUUAAAAUAUGUCCAUCUGCAUGACUCUUCUGCCUGUAUGUUAUGUACCAUGCGCAUGCCUGCUACCUGAGGGUGGUAGAAGAGAGAGGCCUGGGCACCCUGGAACUGGUGUUACCUACUGUUGUGAGCUGUUACAGUGUGGGUGCUGGGACUCAGCCCAGGUCUCUUGGAAGAGUAGCUCACAAAAUUAACCACUCAGCCCUCUCUUCAGUUGCCUUUGAAAUUUCCUUAAAACGAGUGUAGCAAAUUAUUUAGGGUGACAGAUACAUUCUCCAUUCAUCAGAGUGGGAAUGAACGUGUAACUUUUUAAAACUUAGGAUGGAUUGCUUUCAUUUGGCUGUAGGUAGACUGUUCUUGAAAAACAACUGAGAACAAAGACCAAUCCUGUACCUUGAGCCACCACGCCCUUGUCUCCCUCCUAACAUCUUUCUUGAGCAACUCUUAGAUGAUGCCUUCUGCAGUGGGGAUAUGAAAGGAUCAUCCUCACUAAGUGUCAGGUUAAUCACAGUAGCACAAUGUGUGUGUACUCUCAGCUUUAGUUGGACACAGAGUUUUUCAACUCUAUAAUUGUGUGGUGAGGACACUGUAGAAACCAAAGGAGGUUUGGUCUUUUCCUGGCCCAGCCUUAUGUACGUAAUGCUAUGCGUUCUUACCAUGCUGAAUCGUGGUUGUGGCCAUCAGCUCCCAGGCAGCAAUCACACUGAAGAGAACGGGCUUAAAUACACAUGUUUUAAAUGUGCAAUGCUGUCUACUUAUUAUGUCAUUAGCUUUAAUCCUAUCCUAAACCAGAGAGUAUCUGUGUGCAUCACUUUGAACUGACAUUUGCUGCUGAAGAAAGGAGAAAAUAACCAGGAGCUUCAAUACAGGGACCAGGGAGGAUGCCUACCUGGAGGAGUGUUCACAUGCAAAUGUGAAGUAAGCUAUAGGAUAAACACACCCAGAAAUUUAAACAAAAGUGUAUGAAUUAUGAGAAGAAUUAAGUGUUGAAGCAGGGACUGUCACAUUGGAUUCCAUAAUGAGUCUUUUUAGGGUGUUCUACAACUGGGGAACUAAAGCUUCUUCUAUAUUGCCUUAAUUCUGCUCGUCUACCAUUUGUCAAGCUGAAGAGAGCGUUGCUCUUAAGCUAUUGAGUAAAUGUUGGUGAUACUAUGCCCUAGGAAACCCAGAUCUAGGUUGGGACGCAGCUCAGUGGUAGACAGCUUCUUAACGUGCACUGUAUCUAGGAUUCAGUUUCCAGCAUUACAAAGUCCAUCCUUAGAAUCAGCAGGACUAAGCUGUUUUAUAAAUCUUCAAUUGGCAAGGAGUUGAAGUCUCUCUCUCUCUCUCUCUCUCUCUCUCUCUCUCUCUCUGUGUGUCUGUGUGUGUGUGUGUGUGUGUGUGUGUGUGUGUGUGUGUGUGUUUCAUGGAAACAACUUACUAGUACUCCAGAAUUCCAAGUCCCAGGGAUGGAACUCUGGUCAUCAGGCUUUGGUGCUGGUGUUUUUGCCCCCUGGGCCAACUCACUACUCUCCUCGUUAUCGUUUGAGAAAAGUAAUCUCACAGAAUCCGGAGUGCCCUGAUAGACCAGAGACCCACUGGGCUGAAAACUUCAGGGAUCCUUCUCUGGAUCCCCAGUACUGGGAUUGCAGGCAGGAACACUGCCCUGCCUGGCUCUUUAUGUGGAUGGCGGGAAUCUAAAUUCAGGUCUCUAAGCUAUGUUGCCAACGCUCUCCUACCUGGACCAUCUCCCUAGCACAGUGGUUCUCAACCUGUGGGUUGCAAUCCCUUUGGGUUUGACAGGCCCUUUCAUAGGGGUUGCAUGUCAGACAUUCUGCAUAUCAGAUAUUUACAUUAGGAUUCUUUAACAGUAGAAAAUUAUAGUUAUGAAGUAGCAAAAAAAUAAUUUUACAGUUAGGGGUCACCGUAUCAUGAGGAACUAUAUUGAUGGGUCUAUGUGUAGCAUAGAGAACCACAGCUCUAGCACAUGAAAAGUUCUGAAUCACAAAAAUGUGUGUUGAAAGCAAGAUGACCCAGCAGCUCAUGCAUGAUUCCCUUUGGAUCAGAGAUGAAUCCCAGAGAUAAUAUAAUGGAAGGUGAGACACAUAAGUUAUUCUCUGUUUUCUAGGUGCACCACACUCCUUUUUAAUAUAUUAAAAUGGAAAGUUUAAUGGGGCUUUCAAAGUCAUUUAGCCUUGAUUCCCACCCCUAGCUUGGUACCAUAGCUAUUAACUUGGCUUCUCAUUUCUUGUAAUAAUCCAGGAAAUCCAGGAAUGGGACCUGUCUCUGUCUCUGCCUCUGCCCCCCCCCCUCUGUGUGUGUGUGUGUGUGUGUGUGUGUGUGUGUGUGUGUGUGUCUCCCUCCCUCCCCUCCCAUUGCUAGCUAAUCUACUUGCUCAUUUCAGGAAUCAUGAGUGACAUUGAGUCCAAAGAUAAAAAGAGAAAUGAUACAUCCAUUCACCUAUAUUUUGUCUCAAGUUCUUUCUGUUUGAUGACGGAUAAAAGAUAAUGGAGAAAGACAAUCCUGUGAUUCCAUAAAGAAAUAUAAUAAAAAUGCUGGGAUGAUAGAAAUUUUUCUUUCAAGGACAGAGUGGUAUUUGGAGUACCUUGUCUAUACAGAAGCAGGGUUUUCCUGAAGUGCUAGUGUUACCUGAGUCAUUGAUUGUCAGUCAAGUAUCUCCCAUGUGACCUUGACUUUGUAUGAUUCCUGCCUGGUCUUCAAUGUCCUCAUUCAUAAGCUGUGGUUUUAAAGUACCUGCUUAUCCACGUUGCACUGAGCACUAUGGACAUGAGAUUUGUGGAAAGCAUGAGGCAGUGUGUUGGAAGUUUGCAUUCUAUGACUGUUGACUGUUGGGCAUAUUAGCGAUGAUGGCAAGUCCCUUUAAUAUGUGAUGUGUUCCUGCUGCUCAUUUCUCUGGAGCUUUGUAAUUAGUCAUGCAAUGUGAUGUUCCCUUUUUACAACAUGAAAAUGCUUUCUUCUUUCUUUCCUCUCUUACUAAUGUAAGCUUAGAAAGUGAUGUGACUUGGGACAAUGAAGCACUUAGCAAGCUGCUCAGAAAAGCUGUGAAAACAUAGGAUAGGUUCUAGCGCUGACCUUACUCAUUGUUGUAAGUUUUUGCAAUAUGGCUAUUUGGAGUCUAUCUUGUUUUAAAGUAUUAGAGAAAAAAAUAUAUAUAUACACAUAUAGUGUGUGUGUGUGUGUGUGUGUGUGUGUGUGUGUGUGUACAAUUGAGAUGAUUAAAACAACCCUACUCAAGCUAUUAUGCUGCCUCAGGUAGCAGAUGUUUUCAUGUACCUUGUUCCUUCGUUUAGAUGCACAGGACUUUUAUUUACGACCGCAUGAUAAUCAGAUUCCCUCAUUUUUCUUAAAUGAGUUUAUCAUAGUUACAUUAUGAUAGUACAUUGCCUUUUUAAAAACCAUAAUUAAAUCAUAUAUUUUUGCAAUGGAUUAUUAACAGUUUUUAUCUCACAGAUGGUUGGUCCAUAAGUGAGCUCCUUACUCUUCUGUUUUUCUGUUUGUUGUACAAUUAAUUCAUGAAUGUAAUCAAGGAUUAUCAGUGGUUUUUAUUUAUUUAUUUAUGUCUUUACCCUUUCAAGACAGGACUGAUCCCUGAUAAUACUAGAUGAGGAAGGAUCUUUUUGUCACUUUGUUGCAGUGGCAGGAAUAGUAUUAAACUAAGUAGUGAGUUGAGUUAACAUUGCAGUGUUUCUUUCUUUUUUUCUUUUGUAUAUAUCUUUCUUUAAAAGAGAAGAAAGGCUGGAGAGAUGGCUCAGAAGUUGAGGGAUUACUGUUCUUGCAGAGAACCCAAAAGUCCAUUCCCAACACCUUUGUCUGGUGACUCAUAAGAGCCUGUAACUUCUCUUUCAGGAGAUCUGAUACUCUAUUCUGUCUUCCAUGGGCACCUCUACACACUUGUGGCAUGCGCGCGCGUGUGCACACACACACACACACACACACAAAUAAGUAAAUAAAUACUAAAAUAAAUACUAAAUAGAAAACAUGAGAGAAAUAGCCUUCAGAUAGUAGUAUAUCAGUAUAGGGCUGAAGCAAGUAGAUGUUAUGUCUUAGAAUAGUCUUGAGCUAUUAAUAGAGUUGAAAUAGCUGCACAUUAGAAUUGCCUUAGAGAAAAGCUCAUUAAUGCAACCAACUGAGUUACUUUCUGGCAUUGAGGAUUGAAUUCAGGGUUCAGCAUAUGCUAAACAAACCAUCAAUGGGCCACUUCCCAGUUGCCCUGCUAGAUGCUCACUAUUGAAAGGGCGGUCAGUGAUGCUGAUAUCUUUGAAGUAAACAUUUAAAGGGCAAAUAUCUUUAAAAAUAUAUUUCCAUAUUUGAGGUACAAUCAUCCAUGACUUAACAUGAUACAUAUUUUAAUCUCAUGCUAUUUGAAACCUAUUUCUCCAAGGCAGUAUCAGAAGCUACUGUUUUAUUUUGUGAUUAGCACUUAAAACUAGCUUUAACAAAAAUAUGUUCCUUAAGGUCUUUUUGUUUGUUUGCUUGUGUGCUGUGUGCAUGUGCAUGUUUAUGAGUACAUGUGAAUGUGUUUAUGAGUGUGCACAUGUCUAUGAGUAUGCACAUGCUUCUGAGUGUGUGCGCAUGUGCAUUCUGGUAGACAGAGAGGUCAGAUAUCAGUGAGUCUAGUAUCUUUCUUUAUUGCUCUCCUCUUAAUAUUUUCAGACUCUCACUGAGUGUUUAGCAUGCUGGUUGGUCUAGGUUGGUAGGAGGGCAACAUCUUCAAUCCAUUGGUCUCCAACUCACCAGUGCUAGGAUUGCAGGAUCUUACCAACAUGCCUUGCUUUAUAAUGGGUGCUCCAGGUCUGAGCAUUCUACCCACUAAGCCACACCCCCAAUGCUAACUUAAGUUUUAUAAAACCAACUACACAGGCUUUCCUUCACAGUCUUCCCUCUCAUUUACCUCAGCUGUAGAACGUUUUGAAAACGACUAUCUAUGCAAGGUGUACCUGACUUCUCCCUCUGAGACAAACUGUGGGGCUGUCUGGUAAACAGACACGCAGCUGGAGGCAUAUCUUUGAGAUGCAACAUUAGCAGAUGGGAAAGGAGAUGUGAAUAUAGUUGAACGGGGGUUCUGUGAGAGCUCAAGGGAAGACAGGCAAGAGGAGAUUAAGGAGGAAGGCAGAAAUGUGGUAGGGAAUUCUGAGUUCACUGUUGUCUGCAUGAGGUCUUUUGUAAGAUGUGUGGGACACGUUGUUCUCAUUAGGUCUACUGAUAUGCCGUUCAUCCUAUGAUUGACUGCUUUUUCCACGUUAACCCUGCAUCGUUUUUCUGUGUUCCUUUUCUAUUCCCCUUCUUGUUCUUGCAGUUUUAAGAACAAUAACCUGCUUCUCCUUGGCUCUUCCUACCCGGCUGGUGCUGUGUUCUCAACCGGAACCUUCCUUCCCCGCAGUGUGAAGAUGCUUUUGGGGGUAUCCCUUACUGUUGCAAACCCUUGAGUCUUCACACACGAAAGCUCUAGCGAACCCACAUGGGACACAUGGCUGCACUGCCCUGUGGCAAUGGCUGCCGGACUGGUGCACUGCUGGAAGCCUGCACCAUUUUGGUUCCUUUGGGACAGCUGUGGUUCUGAAGGAGGCUUGAAACCUCCAUAUAUAUAUAUGUUGUUAUAUUUUCAAACAAAAUUUAGCAGGUCUUAGUUUUGAGAGUGGAAAGAUUUCUAAUCUGUGGAACUUCAUGAUGAGUAAGGCUUGGUUUUGGUAUUCCAAAAGUGAAAUGUAGUUAAGUGUUUAUAUUUUAUAUAGCUGUAUCCAGCUAGCAAAUAUGCACACACUUAAGUAAAUUAUAAUGAAGGAAACUUUCUCCCUGAGUGAGGUUCCUCUAUCACUGUAUUUUUGUUUUUUUUAAUUUUGGUGAAACAUUAUGUGGAAUUGAAAAUUUUAACAUUUGCUGUGUUCAGUGAAAGGCAACUUUUAGUCUUUUUUUUUUUUUUUUUUUUAAUGUGUUGCAAGACUUGAGGGAACUUUAGUAAAACUUCAUUAGAGAAUCAUGGAGCUGCCUACAGAACUUUUGCUCCCUUGGAGACUGAGAAUGACAGAUCCCCACUUCUCCACCUGUUGCUUCUGUCUCUGUCCUGCAGAAAGGAGCGACACCACUACGUUUUCUCAAAGUGGUUUAUUCAGGAACCUUAAAACACACAAACAGGAAUCUUUCUAUUUUUUUCUUCUCUCUCCCUCCCAGUGCCCCCCACCCCCAGCACACUCCCUUAUAUCCUCCCUCAACUCCGCCUCCUCAGUCCAGACUUCGUAAUCUCAGUUCAUAGGUCCACGUCACAUGGCCUGAUCUUGCGUCAUGGUGCACCUGUGCAGUUCUCACAAUGGACAUGGCUAAUUUCAGGUGUGUGAGGAAGUCAGGUGCUAGUCAUGAGACUUAGCUGCAGUCCUGGGCGCCAUCUUGGGACUGCUGCCACACCCGCUCCCCACAUCCCCCAAGUCUUCAGCCCUUCUGUGUUUGUUAUACUAAUCUUUUAUUAUCAGGAUAAUGCUAGAUGCUACAAGUUUGCUUUUUGCUCUCAUCCCUAGAACUUUCUCCUACCCCCUCAAGGUCAUAAAAGAAAGCCAUUUUAUUUUCCCUCAUAAAAUUAGUUUGCAAUCCAAGUACACUCAUUCCCAGUGAACUGGCAGGGAAUUGAUAAUUGUGGGUACUAAACUGACCAAAUUAUGGUUGUCAAAAGCUAAUCAAAGUUUCUGGGUUCAAAGCAUUAAAAUCUCAACUCGUGAAGAAUCUUAGCAACAUGAAAUUAUUUAAGGAAAUACUACUGCAUUUCACCAAAUAGUAUUUUUCAGCCCAAUUAUGGGGCCUCUACUAAUGAUUGUCCAAUGAUAAUUAUAAUGUCUUUGGAAAAUAGAUGCCUUUUCUAUAUACCUGUGUUCAUAAUAUAGCUGUAGCUGAAGGCACUGAACCAUGUCAUCUGUUGAAUCACAUACUUAUGAAUUAAGUCCAUUUAUAUUCUCUCUCUCUCUCUCUCUCUCUCUCUCUCUCUCUCUCUCUCUCUCUCUCUCUCCCCCAGUCCCUCUGUUUCAGGAUAAUGAUGGGGAUUAGUCUGAAUUCCUGUGAGUCCUUACAUGCCUGGUAUAUGUUAGUAAAUGGUGAUUUUGUACUGAGCAGUUCUGUGGCCACAAAGUGACAAAAACUUUGCAUCUAAUUGGAGUGUUUAUUGAUUUUUUUUUCUCAAAAAAUAACUCUGAAAGAUCCCAGGCAUCCAACAUGUGAGAACUUAGCAACGUGUAUUCAUAAUUCAUAAUAUACAAUGAAGUAUAUUCCAGAUGACCUUAAAGCUGUGGCAGGAGAUAGGCAUUGGAGGGGGGCAUUUGGACCCUUCAUCUGAGAAGAUUAGAGAAGAAGCCCCUGUUUUUUGGAGAAUAGAAGUAAUUAACAAGCAAUGCCAUUUGCAUAAAGCACUUCCUUUGCCACAAAUCAUGGAGUUUUUUUUUUUUUUUUUAGAAGUACAGGUUAAUCUUACCCUCUUAUUAAACUGCUUUAAGCUUCUUUCCAAAGAUCAGAGCCAAAUUGGAGGAUUUAUUCCUCACCUGGCUUUAAAACAUUGCUGUCAAACAAGUAGGCAAAGGCAGGCAGGCGAGAGAGAUGGAGCUCCCUUCUGUUUUCAGGAUGUUUGCCUCAGUUCAUGACUUCUCCGGUGUUUUAAAUUCCCAGAGGCGUCUGUUUACUUUCAACCCUAUUAUAUAUAAAUCGUUACCUGAAUGGGUUUGCAAGAGAUCCACGAAAGUGUCAUCUUGUAAAUAGAAGAAAUAUUUUGAGCUGUGUUAUAGAGAUUUAUUUAUGUUUAGAAGUUACCGUGGUUAGAACAAACAGUGAGUUAUUGAAGGCUGAGAAGUGUCAGAGAGGUAGGAAGCAUGAUUUUCUGGAGUCUCAAACAUCUGAACUCCUUUUGAAGCUGGAAGAACUAAUAAAAAUUAAUCUGAUGAGGAGGAUUUCCUUGUCACCUAUUUUAGCCAGUCUAACUUUCCUGGGUGUAUUUGUAUUUAUCAGUACAGGUUUGACGAAACCCCAUGACUUGGCCUGUCCUAAAAAUAUUGUCUGUAUACCAUCAGUGUAUUGGCAUUUAUAGUAAUUAGGAUUGUCAAUACCGGAGAAGAUGAAACCAAUCAGCAGAACUCAUGUAACAUGUGCCCAUGCAUUUAUCAAUUUCGAUAAAAAUGUUUCACAUCCAGUGCUUUCGUGAAGUACGGGCUUCGGAUCUGGUAGCUGCUUUGCUGGGUAUCAGAAAUAAAUUUUUGAGCAUAACACAAAUACCUGUAUCCUGAUCAAUUCUUUCUGAUUUCUGGAAACAGAAGGUUUUCACUAAUUAUAUCUAUUGUGUAGAGCAAGUAUGUAGACCUCAUCGCCUGAGUGGGGAUCCAAGCUGCAGAACUGUGGUACAGUGAAUGUUGUCCUGCUUACAGGUUGGGAUGUGAGACUGGAAAUCAAGAUUGAUGUUCCCAUUAUAUGUUAGUUUACAUGUAACCUACAUGUAGGGGAAUGUUUGAGAUAUUAUUUGAACCUUUGGAUCUUUAAGGAGAUUGCCAUAGCUCUGACGAUAUAAGUCUAGGUUUGCAGGCUUUAAAUUUCUUUGUAUAUCAGAGUCUGAGGGCUGGAAUGGAACUUAGUACAUUCAUGGUCAUGAGUUAUCCUGGGAACCUUUGGGACAUUAGCCCUUUUUUUUCCCUGAGGUCUGGAAAAAUCUGCCCAAUGUACCCCUUGAGAAUCAACAGAUUUGUUUCUGACUGCAAUUGAUAGCUGUCUCCACCUUUCCUGCUCCCCUUGCUUCAGUAGGAAUCCCACCAAACUCAUGUCUGUUUUAGAAUCUCUGAGUGUGAACUGACUUAGAAAUGUAGGGUUGUUGCCAGUGUAAUGAAUUGAGAUAAAGCCAUACUGGAAUAUGGGCUUUGAAUCCAAUAUGGCCGUCUUCUCCCUGAUUCUCAGGGACGGUAUCAUGUGUUGAGGCAGAGGUUGGAGUGAUGUGUUUACAAGUCACAGACCACCACUGGCAGCAAGAGCAGAAGCGGAGAGAAGGGAAUGGGACAGAUUUCCUAGUGUCUUAAGAGUGUUUACAGCCCCUCUGACGCAGUUUAUAAACUAGGUGUGGGUGUGGUAGUGCAUACCUGUUAUUCCAAUGCUCAGUGGUAGGAGAAUCAUGGUAAACUGAGGUAAGCUCUGGACUGCAUAGUAGAUUCAGGCAAGCAGAAUGCAUAAUAAGGUCCUGUCUCAAACAAAACAAAACAAGGAAAGACGAGAGAGGUUGAGGGUAUAGCUCAUUGGCAGAGCUUGACUUCUCAGAUUGGUCUAUAUAGUAGCCAGGAAAUUUCAAUAAGGCUUAUAGUAGCUUUAUGUUUUGAAUUUAGAAUCUGGUGACUUUACAUACCUCACAAAGAAUUGCAGAUACAGAAUGUAUUGAGAGUUAUUAUAGCAGUAAAUUAGGUAUAUUGACUUCUGCACAGUGCCAGUCAAGUUGCAAGCAAUGCUAAGAAUAUUUUUCUACCCUCUUUAUGCAAUAUAUAUUAUCAUAUCUAAAUACUUCUAUCCAUUUAAACUUUUGUUCACUUCUAGACAAUCAACCAUCAAAGUUAUGGUCAUAAACUUUGUGCUCAAAAUUAUGGUUUUAACUGUUGUCCAUUUCUAUAGUGACAACAACUCAACCUCCUGACUCUACUUGGGAAAAACAGUCUUUUUUUUUUUUUUUUUUUCGGAGCUGGGGACCGAACCCAGGGCCUCGCAUUUGCUAGGCAAGCGCUCUACUGCUGAGCUAAAUCCCCAACCCCUGGGAAAAACAGUCUUAUCCCUUCUUGUCCUCCCUCAGAAUUUGGUGGCUCUAAGAGAGAGAAGCAAAUGCACAUUUGUCUAUGGCUUUUUCCUGGAAGUUUCUAUCUGACAAACAUUAACAGCCACAACAACAAAAAUUAUUUGCACCAAGACCUUGCAAGGCACAUAAUUUUGGACCUGUAGGAAAGUUCUGGAUUGUACUAAGGGCCUGAAAAUAGAAGGUUAUAAUUGAAAUGUCAGCAAAUAUAACUUUUAACAAUUGCAGUCAAUGUGGCCUGAAUAUUAAACAUACCUGUUAACUACAUUUCCCCUCUUCGCUAUAUAAAUUUUAAUAUGCAUUCCAUAUCUCUCCAGCCACAUUUCCUGUAUCAAUAGUCCCCUGCGGCAAUUUUAUCUUUGAAUACAAACUAUUCUUGUUCAAUAUUUGAGUAGUGAUAAUGGGUUUUAUUCUAUAAAUAACAGCCUUGGAAGCUUACAUUAAAGGAGGAAUAACUUUACCCUUUGCAACAACUAAGGUACUUUAUAUUCUAAAUGGCAAUUUUAAUGUUUUAUUCAUUGCCAGUAAACAAAUACAGGACACUCAGAGAAAAGCAUUCAUGAGUAGGAACUGGGCAGAUCUCUGGCUGUGUUUGUGCUGUGUCUUCCUUCCACUGGGAUGGCAUGCCUGAGCUGCUAGGAUAUAAUGUUCCAUACCCUUCUAGAACAUUCUGAAAGUACAUGUAAUACUUGAAUAGUCAUCUAAAUGGCCCACAGCUGACAAGAACUCUACAUGGUGAAGGAGCUUUGUAAAUUAUUUAUUUAUUUAUUUAUUUUUAGAACUAAACUAACUUAAAAGGUUCUAGUCUCCUCUGCAACCUACUUCUUCCCCUUUUUCUUAGAAAAAGAAAAUUAUUUUGCUGGUGUAGUUGGGAACAAACUACUGUAAGGAGGAUUUAUUCUGAAUAUCCUGUUUUAAAGUCCUAUGACUUCAAGGUGUUUUGAUAUAUUAUUUAUUUCAAUAUAAAUCCUCAAAAGGAUCUAGAGGGACAACUGAUACUUCAGGAAGAAACACCAGGUUUCAUCGUACAAAUUUAUGUUGCUCUUGGCACAGCAAUGCACAGAGGCUGGUAAAUCUGGAGUUUACAGCGUGCAGUUUCUUUGUCCCCAGAAGGUCAGAAGCAUACAGUCCAUGUAAUGAAUUUGCUGAUGUGUAACCUAUGGCGUGUUUUGUAUGCAUGGCUGUUUAUAAUAAAAAUUGGAGAUUUCAUAAAUGGGAAUAGAGUCUUCAUCUUAUUUCGAUGGAACUCUGGAGCAAGAGAUUGCCAGGGGCAGUGGCUUCCUCCAAGGGACAUGCAUUGUCCUUGCCUGUUCCAGCCUCCCUUGAGUCCCACUUGAGCCCCUCUUCUCGUUGGAUGCCACUUUCCACCCCCUGCGAGCACUUAGAUUCAGAGCUUUCUCAGUCAAUCAGCUACAGCAUUCAAAUUAGGAUACUGUGGGCUCAUUACAGGUGUGCAGAUUGCUGACUUCCUCAGGCAAUCGGGAAUGAUGUGAAAAAUGGGAGAGUAUUGGGCUAGUCAUCAAGUAAAUUCAUGCCUGGCUUGGUACCCAAGGGAGUCCCAGAUGGGAGGGUUCAGAGAAUCAUUUUAAAGAGAAGCCAGGGAGAACAGUCCAGAGUUCAGAAACUUUUCUUCAGCUUUAUUUUAUUUUUUUUAAGACCUUACAUAUUUAAUACAGUGCGUUACCCCUGUACAAAUGGAAAAAACUUAAGUUCAACAUUUCUAGACCAAUAUGGCUGUUAAUUUCUGUACAGUGCCAACUCAACACAGUGAACGGGGAUACUUUUUUCCAAAGUUGACAGCACAGCUAAAGUUUCAAAAAAUUCAAAUUAUAUAUCUGUAUAUAUAUAUAUUUAUAUUUAUAUAAAAAGACCAAUAAUAGCAGUGUGUUAUGCAUCAACAGCAGCAACAGCUUUUCCAGGUUCUGCAGUCAUCUGAACAAAACUGUAGAGACAUCCAGCACACUCCAUUAAAAAAAAAAAAAAAAAAAAAAAGUGACACCUGCAGAUCCCGGCCCGCAGCAGCUCUCUGCUCCCAGACCCGGUGAGAGAGAGACCCAACCGCCUGGUCAGGUGGGCACUCCUGAGGCUGCAGAGCGGAAGAGACCACCAACACUGCUCACCCCUGCCCACAUCCCUGGCCCAAGAGGAAACUGUAUAAGGCCUCUGGGCUCCCGUGGGGGAGGGCCCAGGAGCGGCAGGACCCCUGCCACAGACACCGCCGGACCCUGAAGGAAACAGACCGGAUAAACAGUUCUCUGCACGCAAAUCCCGUGGGAGGGAGAGCUAAACCUUCAGAGAGGCAGACAAGCCUGGGAAACCAGAAGAGACUGCUCCCUGCACACACAUCUCGGACGCCAGAGGAAAAAGCCAAAGACCAUCUGGAACCCUGGUGCACUGAAGCUCCCGGAAGGGGCGGCACAGGUCUUCCUGGUUGCUGCCGCUGCAGAGAGCCCCUGGGCAGCACCCCACGAGCGAACCUGAGCCUCGGGACCACAGGUAAGACCAAAUUUUCUGCUGCAAGAAAGCUGCCUGGUGAACUCAAGACACAGGCCCACAGGAACAGCUGAAGACCUGUAGAGAGGAAAAACUACACGCCCGAAAGCAGAACACUCUGUCCCCAUAACUGACUGAAAGAGAGGAAAACAGGUCUACAGCACUCCUGACACACAGGCUUAUAGGACAAUCUAGCCACUGUCAGAAAUAGCAGAACAAAGUAACACUAGAGAUAAUCUGAUGGCGAGAGGCAAGCGCAGGAACCCAAGCAAGAGAAACCAAGACUACAUGCCAUCAUCGGAGCCCAAUUCUCCCACCAAAACAAACAUGGAAUAUCCAAACACACCAGAAAAGCAAGAUCUAGUUUCAAAAUCAUAUUUGAUCAUGAUGCUGGAGGACUUCAAGAAAGACAUGAACACACUUAGGGAAGCACAGGAAAACAUUAAUAAACAAGUAAAAGCCUACAGAGAGGAAUCGCAAAAAUCCCUGAAAGAAUUCCAGGAAAACACAAUCAAACAGUUGAAGGAAUUAAAAAUGGAAAUAGAAGCAAUCAAGAAAGAACACAUGGAAACAACCCUGGAUAUAGAAAACCAAAAGAAGAGACAAGGAGCUGUAGAUACAAGCUUCACCAACAGAAUACAAGAGAUGGAAGAGAGAAUCUCAGGAGCAGAAGAUUCCAUAGAAAUCAUUGACUCAACUGUCAAAGAUAAUGUAAAGCGGAAAAAGCUACUGGUCCAAAACAUACAGGAAAUCCAGGACUCAAUGAGAAGAUCAAACCUAAGGAUAAUAGGUAUAGAAGAGAGUGAAGACUCCCAGCUCAAAGGACCAGUAAAUAUCUUCAACAAAAUCAUAGAAGAAAACUUCCCUAACCUAAAAAAAGAGAUACCCAUAGACAUACAAGAAGCCUACAGAACUCCAAAUAGAUUGGACCAGAAAAGUAACACUUCCCAUCACAUAAUAGUCAAAACACCAAACGCACAAAAUAAAGAAAGAAUAUUAAAAGCAGUAAGGGAAAAAGGUCAAGUAACAUAUAAAGGGAGACCUAUCAGAAUCACACCAGACUUCUCACCAGAAACUAUGAAGGCCAGAAGAUCUUGGACUGAUGUCAUACAGACCCUAAGAGAACACAAAUGCCAGCCCAGGUUACUGUAUCCAGCAAAACUCUCAAUUAACAUUGAUGGAGAAAACAAGAUAUUCCAUGACAAAACCAAAUUUACACAAUAUCUUUCUACAAAUCCAGCACUACAAAGGAUAAUAAAUGGUAAAGCCCAACAUAAGGAGGCAAGCUAUACCCUAGAAGAAGCAAGAAACUAAUCGUCUUGGCAACAAAACAAAGAGAAUGAAAGCACACAAACAUAACCUCACAUCCAAAUAUGAAUAUAACGGGAAGCAAUAAUCACUAUUCCUUAAUAUCUCUCAAUAUCAAUGGCCUCAACUCCCCAAUAAAAAGACAUAGAUUAACAAACUGGAUAUGCAACGAGGACCCUGCAUUCUGCUGCCUACAGGAAACACACCUCAGAGACAAAGACAGACACUACCUCAGAGUGAAAGGCUGGAAAACAAUUUUCCAAGCAAAUGGUCAGAAGAAGCAAGCUGGAGUAGCCAUUCUAAUAUCAAAUAAAAUCAAUUUCCAACUAAAAGUCAUCAAAAAAGAUAAGGAAGGACACUUCAUAUUCAUCAAAGGAAAAAUCAACCAAGAUGAACUCUCAAUCCUAAAUAUCUAUGCCCCAAAUACAAGGGCACCUACAUACGUAAAAGAAACCUUACUAAAGCUCAAAACACACAUUGCACCUCACACAAUAAUAGUGGGAGAUUUCAACACCCCACUCUCAUCAAUGGACAGAUCAUGGAAACAGAAAUUAAACAGUGAUGUCGACAGACUAAGAGAAGUCAUGAGCCAAAUGGACUUAACGGAUAUUUAUAGAACAUUCUAUCCUAAAGCAAAAGGAUAUACCUUCUUCUCAGCUCCUCAUGGUACUUUCUCCAAAAUUGACCAUAUAAUUGGUCAAAAAACGGGCCUCAACAGGUACAGGAAGAUAGAAAUAAUCCCAUGCGUGCUAUCGGACCACCACGGCCUAAAACUGGUCUUCAAUAACAAUAAGGGAAGAAUGCCCACAUAUAUGUGGAAAUUGAACAAUGCUCUACUCAAUGAUAACCUGGUCAAGGAAGAAAUAAAGAAAGAAAUUAAAAACUUUUUAGAAUUUAAUGAAAAUGAAGAUACAACAUACUCAAACUUAUGGGACACAAUGAAAGCUGUGCUAAGAGGAAAACUCAUAGCGCUGAGUGCCUGCAGAAAGAAACAGGAAAGAGCAUAUGUCAGCAGCUUGACAGCACACCUAAAAGCUCUAGAACAAAAAGAAGCAAAUACAGCCAGGAGGAGUAGAAGGCAGGAAAUAAUCAAACUCAGAGCUGAAAUCAACCAAGUAGAAACAAAAAGGACCAUAGAAAGAAUCAACAGAACCAAAAGUAGGUUCUUUGAGAAAAUCAACAAGAUAGAUAAACCCUUAGCCAGACUAACGAGAGGACACAGAGAGUGUGUCCAAAUUAACAAAAUCAGAAAUGAAAAGGGAGACAUAACUACAGAUUCGGAGGAAAUUCAAAAAAUCAUCAGAUCUUACUAUAAAAACCUAUAUUCAACAAAAUUUGAAAAUCUUCAGGAAAUUGACAAUUUCCUAGACAGAUACCAGGUAUCGAAGUUAAAUCAGGAACAGAUAAACCAGUUAAACAACCCCAUAACUCCUAAGGAAAUAGAAGCAGUCAUUAAAGGUCUCCCAACCAAAAAGAGCCCAGGUCCAGACGGGUUUAGUGCAGAAUUCUAUCAAACCUUCAUAGAAGACCUCAUACCAAUAUUAUCCAAACUAUUCCACAAAAUUGAAACAGAUGGAGCCCUACCGAAUUCCUUCUACGAAGCCACAAUUACUCUUAUACCUAAACCACGCAAAGACACAACAAAGAAAGAGAACUUCUGACCAAUUUCCCUUAUGAAUAUCGACGCAAAAAUACUCAAUAAAAUUCUGGCAAACCGAAUUCAAGAGCACAUCAAAACAAUCAUCCACCAUGAUCAAGUAGGCUUCAUCCCAGGCAUGCAGUGAUGGUUUAAUAUACGGAAAACCAUCAACGUGAUCCAUUAUAUAAACAAACUGAAAGAACUGAACCACAUGAUCAUUUCAUUAGAUGCUGAGAAAGCAUUUGACAAAAUUCAACACCCCUUCAUGAUAAAAGUCCUGGAAAGAAUAGGAAUUCAAGGCCCAUACCUAAACAUAGUAAAAGCCAUAUACAGCAAACCAGUUGCUAACAUUAAACUAAAUGGAGAGAAACUUGAAGCAAUCCCACUAAAAUCAGGGACUAGACAAGGCUGCCCACUCUCUCCCUACUUAUUCAAUAUAGUUCUUGAAGUUCUAGCCAGAGCAAUCAGACAACAAAGGAGAUCAAAGGGAUACAGAUCGGAAAAGAAGAGGUCAAAAUAUCACUAUUUGCAGAUGACAUGAUAGUAUAUUUAAGUGAUCCCAAAAGUUCCACCAGAGAACUACUAAAGCUGAUAAACAACUUCAGCAAAGUGGCUGGGUAUAAAAUUAACUCAAAUAAAUCAGUUGCCUUCCUCUAUACAAAAGAGAAACAAGCCGAGAAAGAAAUUAGGGAAACGACACCCUUCAUAAUAGACCCAAAUAAUAUAAAGUACCUCGGUGUGACUUUAACCAAGCAAGUAAAAGAUCUGUACAAUAAGAACUUCAAGACACUGAGGAAAGAAAUUGAAGAAGACCUCAGAAGAUGGAAAGAUCUCCCAUGCUCAUGGAUUGGCAGGAUUAAUAGAGUAAAAAUGGCCAUUUUACCAAAAGCAAUCUACAGAUUCAAUGCAAUCCCCAUCAAAAUACCAAUCCAAUUCUUCAAAGAGUUAGACAGAACAAUUUGCAAAUUCAUCUGGAAUAACAAAAAACCCAGGAUAGCUAAAGCUAUCCUCAACAAUAAAAGGACUUCAGGGGGAAUCACAAUCCCUGAACUCAAGCAGUAUUACAGAGCAAUAGUGAUAAAAACUGCAUGGUAUUGGUACAGAGACAGACAGAUAGACCAAUGGAAUAGAAUUGAAGACCCAGAAAUGAACCCACACACCUAUGAUCACUUGAUUUUUGACAAAGGAACCAAAACCAUCCAAUGGAAAAAAGAUAGCAUUUUCAGCAAAUGGUGCUGGUUCAACUGGAGGGCAACAUGUAGAAGAAUGCAGAUCGAUCCAUGCUUAUCACCCUGUACAAAGCUUAAGUCCAAGUGGAUCAAGGACCUCCACAUCAAACCAGACACACUCAAACUAAUAGAAGAAAAACUAGGGAAGCAUCUGGAACACAUGGGCACUGGAAAAAAUUUCCUGAACAAAACACCAAUGGCUUAUGCUCUAAGAUCAAGAAUCGACAAAUGGGAUCUCAUAAAACUGCAAAGCUUCUGUAAGGCAAAGGACACUGUGGUUAGGACAAAACGGCAACCAACAGAUUGGGAAAAGAUCUUUACCAAUCCUACAACAGAUAGAGGCCUUAUAUCCAAAAUAUACAAAGAACUCAAGAAGUUAGACCGCAGGGAAACAAAUAACCCUAUUAAAAAAUGGGGUUCAGAGCUAAACAAAGAAUUCACAGCUGAGGAAUGCCGAAUGGCUGAGAAACACCUAAAGAAAUGUUCAACAUCUUUAGUCAUAAGGGAAAUGCAAAUCAAAACAACCCUGAGAUUUCACCUCACACCAGUGCGAUUGGCUAAGAUCAAAAACUCAGGUGACAGCAGAUGCUGGCGAGGAUGUGGAGAAAGAGGAACACUCCUCCAUUGUUGGUGGGAUUGCAGACUGGUAAAACCAUUCUGGAAAUCAGUCUGGAGGGUCCUCAGAAAAUUGGACAUUGAAUUGCCUGAGGAUCCAGCUAUACCUCUCUUGGGCAUAUACCCAAAAGAUGCCUCAACAUAUAAAAGAGACACGUGCUCCACUAUGUUCAUCGCAGCCUUAUUUAUAAUAGCCAGAAAAUGGAAAGAACCCAGAUGCUCUUCAACAGAGGAAUGGAUACAGAAAAUGUGGUACAUCUACACAAUGGAAUAUUACUCAGCUAUCAAAAACAACGAGUUUAUGAAAUUCGUAGGCGAAUGGUUGGAACUGGAAAAUAUCAUCCUGAGUGAGCUAACCCAAUCACAGAAAGACAUACAUGGUAUGCACUCAUUGAUAAGUGGCUAUUAGCCCAAAUGCUUGAAUUACCCUAGAUCCCUAGAACAAACGAAACUCAAGACGGAUGAUCAAAAUGUGAAUGCUUCACUCCUUCUUUAAAUGAGGAAAAAGAAUACCCUUGGCAGGGAAGGGAGAGGCAAAGAUUAAAACAGAGACUGAAGGAACACCCAUUCAGAGCCUGCCCCACAUGUGGCCCAUACAUAUACAGCCACCCAAUUAGACAAGAUGGAUGAAGCAAAGAAGUGCAGACCGACAGGAGCCGGAUGUAGAUCGCUCCUGAGAGACACAGCCAGAAUACAGCAAAUAUAGAGGCGAAUGCCAGCAGCAAACCACUGAACUGAGAAUAUGUCCCCUAUUGAAGGAAUCAGAGAAAGAACUGGAAGAGCUUGAAGGGGCUCGAGACCCCAAAAGUACAACAAUGCCAAGCAACCAGAGCUUCCAGGGACUAAGCCACUACCUAAAGACUAUACAUGGACUGACCCUGGACUCUGACCCCAUAGGUAGCAAUGAAUAUCCUAGUAAGAGCACCAGUGGAAGCGGAAGCCCUGGGUCCUGCUAAGACUGAACCCCCAGUGAACUAGU